GCCAGUCCACCCGGAUGUGUAAACUUCAAUUUCGAAAGGGGAAAUCUUUACGGAUGGACAAAGUCAGGUACUGCGUUUAAUUACCAGCCAACAUACGGUGACAACCCCACGGCUCGUCGCACAAGACAGCCCUCAAAGCAUCAGGGGAAUUAUUGGAUUGGCACAUAUGAGAAGCGCCCCAAUCCUCGGAGCCGAGCGGGUGCCAUACAAGGGGACCGCCCCACCGGAACUUUGAGCUCCACCCGGUUCCGUAUCAUAGGGAAUUACAUUGAUUUCCUGAUCGGCGGAGGUUGCAAUAUUAAUUAUGCCAGGGCAGAGCUUGUCAUUGAUGGGCGAGGAGUUGUGCUUCGUACCACAGGUCAGUAUACGCACGUGGUUUUCGUCUACAGUCACAAAUACACGAUUUUCAUUGUCACCAGAGAGUUGUGCAUGGUUGUCACCAAGUUACUCCUAGUCUGUACUCGAGUUGAGUAGCCCACCCGGCCAGAGCUUAUCCCGGUUUCUUUAGCUAAUACGAGUAUCACUACACCCCUUUUGAUAGGAUGCCAGUCCAUCGUAAGGUUACACCCCCUUUUUUUUUUUUCAUUACGCUUCCCUUACGCUUCCCUUGGUGCCUAUUUAUACGCCUGGGCGGAGAGAUGCACCGAGAGAGUUGACUGUUUUUCCCAAAAAUACUUUAUUUAUAAAAACGCAUAAAUACGACGGAUUGUAGAAGGUACGAAAGAUCUCGCGGCUUUUUAGCGAAAAUUAAAUAACAAAAUCAUCUUCUCUACUAGUCAUUAAAUCAUUCAUACGGAAAUAUAAUAUUCCGAUUCGCCCCUUAACAUUCCCAGUGUAUCUCAAGCAAUUUUAUUCCUCUUCACUAACUAGUCGUAGGUUUUACAGACAGCUAAUCAUAUUGAUGAUUAUUAUCAUUAUUGUCCUUUAUUACACCCAUUUUGAAAUCACUGGUGGUCCCUGUAAUCUGAUUGACUCGAAUUGGUGCGAUUUAUUCACGAAUCGCACCAUUUUUUGCUUUAAAUCGCAUCUUUUUCCCAGCCAAUGAGAAGGCUACACUAAAAACAAAAAAACCAAGCAGAUUUCAAGGCUUGUUUAAAGUAACCAAUCAAAUCGCAGGAAAAUGUAAGACAAAGAGUUUCAUGUGGCAAAUUUGGCAACUAUUUUUUCCAAAUCUCUUAUCCCUUCCCCCCCCCCCAAAAAAAAAAUAGGAUGAAUUUAAUUUCAAACCGGCUUAGUACUGCACCAAUAAAAUAUUUGAACUGACCAAGUCCUGUAUUUGGGCAAUUUCAAAAUGGAUGCAAUAACCUGGUGAUUGAACCUCGUGUCGUGCAAUUUUGGUCUGAAAUCAUACUUGUGAUUUCAAAUCACACGAAUGUUUUCAGCCCCAAUUGCACUCCACUCAGUUCAGUUACCAUUAUAAAUCAUCUGGCUAGUCUACGAAUGUCUUAAAACGUUUUUAUGCUCAAGCUACCUUACAUUUCGUCUUGCUCGUUAGAUGUUCUCUGAUAUAGUUCGCAUAUAUUCUUAUAUGUUCUUAUAUGAUAAAUGCAAUCACAGUGACCUCAUGUGAGAAUGCUUCUGCCACCAUACCUUCUCAAUGUCAUUGAAAAGCUAAUACAACCUUUGAUUUAGAGUAUCACACCUUUGUUCGCAACAAGCUUGAGGUAAAAUAUAAAUUUAACAUUCUUGUAAAUUCUUAUUUUUCUGACUACAGGACGUUGCAAAGAAACCAUGCAACGGAAGCGAUGGAAUGUACGCCAAUACAUCGGAAGAACGGGCUUUGUGCGUCUUGUGGAUUAUGGCUCAGGUGGCUGGGGACAUAUCAAUUUUGAUGACCUACGAGGCAAUAUCAAAUGCGAGAGUAAGUAGCAGUUGAUUGUUUAAAACAGUGGAUGCGAAACCCGAUGAAAACUUUUAAUACCUCUGACGGUAUACUUUAUUUUGGCCAAACGUUACAAUCUCACUUUCUUUAGAACCCUGCAAGAACCCUCUUGGAAUGCAGAAUCGCAAGAUUCCUAACUAUGCUAUCACGGCCUCUUCUUCAUGGGACAAAAAUCACGGUCCCUAUCUGGGACGCCUGCAUUUCACCGCCCGUGGAAGGUACCAAGGAGCUUGGAGCUCACGGCAUAACAAUCGUAAUCAGUAUUUUCAAGUGAACUUUCGUCGACCGACAAAGAUUACAGCCGUCGCUACUCAAGGAAGACAAAAUGCAAAUCAAUGGGUAACACAGUACCGACUCUCAUACAGUCAAGAUGGGUUGUCAUGGGUUUUUUAUAAGCUGAGAGAUGGUAUUAAGGUAUGGGGAAUGUAGUGUUUGUAUCCGUAAUGAACCGAAGUAGUCACGCAUAGUUAAAACAUUUUUUACAUCACACCUUCGCUCUCUGCAAAGAUAAAGUCCUUGUGUACAGUAGCUUCCAGUGCACAAAGGGAUAUACAAUAGUAUGCUCUCAGGAGACAAAUUUUUUCCCAAGAAUUAUUUACACGCCUUACGGAAGAUUCUUUAUUGACUGUCAUAUUUCACUGUUAAUUGGGGUGAUCAUCUUAACAAGCUUAAGCAGUAAAUAUUCGCGCAACGUAAAAAGGAAGAUGCUUUGUUUUUUGAGCGAAGUAAAAUAUGAGACCACUGUUGGAAUACAUGGUUCAUUAUUUAACACGUAGAUAAAAAAAAACAUUAUAAAUGUCUUAAAUGGCCUUACGCGUUUUCGACUACUGUGCUAAAAGACCGUACGUCGUGUAACGUUACUCUUGAGUGCCCGCGUUGAUGAAGCAGCAGACGAUGGAAAGUGACUGGCUUAACCUUUUCACUCCUAAGAGUGAUAAAAACGGAGUUUCACCAUACAAUUCCGAUACAUUUUUGGGAGGAAGGGACUUGAGAAAAAAGAAACAUAUCAAUUGGUCGAUAUUUUCUAAUUAAACGCCAAAUUAUCAGAGCUAAGAUUAUACGAAAUGUAUAGCAGACAGUGAAGAGAAUUGAAAUAUAGAUCUCAAGGAGUGAAAUGGGGAAAAAGGAGGAUCCUUGGACCACUAGUAUUAUCAUCUAACGGAACUAUCCCGCAAAAGAAAGAGGCAUGCUUUAGAAAAUUUACCAUCAACUUAGCGAUUUGCCAGUCUUACUUCGGACUAAACUAUGAGUUUUGUUACAGCUAUUUGUCUUUAUUUUUUUCUCAGUAUUUCUCAGCUAACAAAGACAGAAACACUGUGGUGACCAAUACACUCAGUACACCAAUCAGAGCACGAUUCGUCAGGAUUAUCCCCUGGGGAUGGCGCAGCCAUAUCUCCAUGAGGACAGAGUUUUAUGGAUGUUAUGUUGGUGGGAUAUUCUGAGUUUUUAUUAAUCUCAACAAUGAAUACAUAAAAUACAAAAUGGAUUCCAAUAGAUCAUUAAUAAAAACCUGUCAAAAUGCCUGUAUAAUCCAGCCUAUUAUAUAGCGUGAAACAGGCAGGCAAGGAGAGCAAGGUAAUCACUUAAUUUGUGGAUAGUGACUUAGUAUUAGCGGGACAAAGUCAGAACGAGAGGGGAUGUGUUGGCGCUCUACUCUGAUUUUUUUAGCAUGUGACACUUCGCUUCAUUUGUCAAACGUAAUCGGGAGGUGUUUUCCUCGUUCAACUUCCUUUCGGCAAAAUUCGCGCAAAUUCUUGGUAGGAUGUGCUUGUUUUAAUGUUAUAUAUUUACUUACUGUUAACCUUUUGAUUGUUGUCCUAUGCUGCUUUGCAGACCAAUGCCGCAUGCCUCUUGGUGCAGAAGACGGCCGCUUGGUCCCAGGUUCUUUCUCGGCCUCGACCUACUAUAAUCAUUAUCUGGCACCAUGGCACGGUCGCUUAAAUCACCGCUGGUCAUGGAGCGCACGUUACCGCAGGCACGGCCAAUGGAUGCAGAUUUCUUUUGGAGGAAGUGCAACAGUGAAGGGAAUCGCGUCACAAGGCAGACAGGACGCUAACCAAUGGGUAACGCAGUACACACUUGGUCGCAGUACAGAUGGCAUGAAAUUUUAUCCAUACCACGAGGGACGAGGAACAAUGGUAAAAGAGAUUAUUGUUACGAUUUAAUUUUUUCAGACUAAUCCUUCACUGAAUCCGUGCUUUUACUGGACCAUAUCAUAGUAUGCAAAUGUUCUAGUGCUGCACGUAGCAGGAAGUAUGGGCAGAUAUUAGAAAAUAGUUCAUUUCACGAUGAGCUUGCAUUUUUUUUCGCUCUUGUUCAGAUUCAAAUUCGAAAAUAGGAGUAUCAUUAAAGUGUAUGAUUGAGUACAGAGAAAGCAGACAUUCCCGUCGAAGCAGAGGAGAAAGAAAUUUGCGUUCAUGCUUUUUUUUCAAAGUGUUUCCUGUAGUACACAUGGAAACAAAGAGGAGAACAGAUAGAGGAGCAAGGAAGCUUCCCUUAUUUUAAUCCUUUAACUCCCAUGAGUGACCAAGACAGAAUUUCGCCUUAUAACAUCGAUACAAUAACAAGCAAACAAUUGAUGGGAACAAAGAAAAAUAUAAAUUAGGGGAUUAUUAGUUGUUUCAAUACCAAAUUCUCCGCACCAACACCAUGGGAGCCUUAAGGCUGACAGUGAGGAGGAGUACAAAUGAGAUCUUGAGAGUUAAAGAUAAAUGAAGAAAGUCAUUUAUUUUUGUAUGAGUCAUUUGAAACAACUCUAACCAAGCAAUUUGUUCAUUUAUUUAUUUCUAUUUCUUUCCUUGUUUUUAGAUGUUUAGGGGAAACAUGAAUCGCUUUGGAAUCGUUUUUCACCUCAUCAACAGACCGUUUGUGGCGAGUCACGUUCGUUUUUAUCCUCGUGGAUGGUACAGCUGGAUUUCAAUGAGGGUCGAAGUCUAUGGAUGUUCCACAAGUAAAGUUCUUUCUACUUUUUAGCCACAUUACACUAUAUUUAAAAACUUUUGAGGAUUCGAGUGUACGCCGAGAAAAGCGAAUUUCCAUGUUUAAAUAAUGACAAAAAAAAGCAAAUCAGGAAGUAAGAUGCCAAGCAACAGUACUCAGCGACAGCCAUGAUUUAUCGCGUGCGGGGAGGGGGGGGGGGUCGGAGGGAAUGGAGGGAGGCCAGUCGUCGCCAAAAAGGAAAAAAAGGGGGUACUAUAGAAAAUUGACUACCAACUAACUGCCGAUGAGGGGGAAGGGGGGUCAUAAGAACAUUACAGAGCCUUAUGGGGGGAGGGCAGGUAAAUUGUAUCGUGACUCGACGAAAAUCCUCCGACCAUCCCCUCCCCUCCUUCCGCGAAAAAUAAUGAGUGGUCUUUUAGAUUAACUAGAUUAACGUUUAUCCCUAAAUUCUUUUACACCAGCCAUGAUUGAAUGAUCAUGAUAAAUCCAAAGCUUAUUGCAGUAUUUUUCCUUUCAGUCGGUCUCUGUAAUGGUGUUCUCGGUCUUCAAAAUGGCCGUCUAAAGAACAAGCAAAUCACAGCAUCCUCUUCGUGGCCAGGCCUUUACACUUGGCGCGCGAGACUGCAUCACAGUCAGGCAUGGUGCGCACGGUAUAACAAUCACAAUCAGUGGCUCAAAUUUGACUUCCUUCGGCCCACAAAAGUGACAGGAAUCGCCUUACAGGGGAGGUCUAAUGUGCAUCAGUGGGUAACUCGGUUCCUUUUGCACUCAAGUCUGGAUAAUGUGCAUUGGAAUGUGUACAGAUACAAGAAUAAUGAUAAGGUGAGUAUUUACGGUAAUGUCGUAUCCAGAUCCUCCCGUUCAACUGUAACUGAAAUAGCCGUGGAAGGUCUGGGUACGAGACAAGGUAAAAGCAGCAAUGGAACUGAGUGGCCCACAAGGCGCCGGAGCUAAUCCCGGUUUUCUUAGCAGUGAGGGACCAAUUACUUUUCCUUAAUGAAAGUGUAUGGUGAAUUUAUUAAUUCAUUUGUUGCGUUUAAUGUCUCAGUACUUUCCUGGAAGCCGCGAUAAAGAUUCAGUGGUGACGCAGCCAAUAAACCCAGCAAUCAUUGCAAGAUUUGUGAAAAUACAACCACGUGGCUGGCGGAGUCAUAUUUGUAUGAGAGUCGAAUUUUACGGCUGUCCAGCAGGUAAAUAGAUAUUUAACGUAGUUAAGUAUGGAUGUUGUAAUUCUUACGGCAAUGGUUACUUCUCUCAUCUCUAAGAAUUGCAAAAGACAUAACAAAGUAUGCGACAAUAUGGAUAUUUUUUUCAUUGAUUUGUCUUUGUCUCUUUUUUAUGAGCUCUAAGAGAUGGCUGUCCGGUUUAAAUCACUGGCAGAACUAUUUACCCCUUUAUAUCUCCCAUGAGUGUCGGAGAAAUAAUCUCUCCUCACACUAUCAAAAUAAUAUCAAGCAGACAAGUGACGAGAUUAAAGAAAAAAAUUUCAACGAGGGGAUUAUUAGUCGAUCCAAUACCUAUUUCUCUGAACUAACAUCAUAAGAAUUUUAUGGCAGAUAGUAAGGAGAAUUGCUAAUGAAAAAAGGUUAAAUUGAUUAAAUCGAUUGAAACAAAACCCCGCAAAGUAAAAGGAAGAAGCUAGCGUUUGCUCGUGAACCAUUUCCAUAAAGAUAUUUACCAGCAUGGGUAUAAACUAUAACUUUAAAGUAUUGCUCCUUUUGCAGAUCGUUGCUUCGUACCUCUCGGAAUGCAAGAUGGCCGCAUUACAAAAUCCCGCCUUCGCGCAUCUUCCAUGUACAACUGGUACUAUGGACCAUACAAUGCCAGGCUACAGGCGCGAAACUAUGGCUCCACACGAGGAGGUUGGAUCGCCAAGAUAAGAAACACUCAGCAAUGGAUUCAGGUUGAUUUGGAAAAACCCUCUACACUAAAAGGCGUCGCUACCCAGGGUCGCUAUGACGCAUAUCAAUAUGUAAAGUCGUACCUCGUCACUUACAGUGGAAAUGGAAGGCGCUUUUAUCCGUACAAAGAAGGGAGCCGUACGAGGGUAACAUGCUACUAUCAUCACUGUUCGUUUUCUAUCUGCAGUAUUCAGUAACGUUCAAAAUAUGAGCUACUCUCGAUGUAAUAAAAAUUUUUUUUUUUUUUCCGUGGUUAAGAAGUUUUAACCCUUUACGCUCUAACAUUAGGAUUCAUAUUCUCCACACUUUCUCUUUACAAGGAAGAUUUUUUUGAAAACAAGGAGCUUCUUAAAUUGGUGAUAGUUUCCUUUAUUCUUAUUACUUUUACAUUUGAUUCAAUUGAUAAUUCAUUAAUAAUAAUUAUUAAUUAUUAUUAAUUAUUAAGUAUUAAUUAUUAUUAAUUAUUAUUAAUUAAAAUUAAUACUUUAAGGAGAAGUUAAAAGCUAGUCACUCUUAGGGGUAAAAGGACUGAAGAGGAACAAGCUUUUACAUUCAUUUGCUUGGUUUGUGAACCCUAGGUUGAAUUGAUCGAAAUAGCCUUUUGUUCUUGAAAUAAAAAAACCAUGGUUUUGAUCUUUCACUACUUUUCACAGUCUCAUUAGUGUCUUCAGGUCUUUGCUAACGUCAGUCAUCUUAUUGGUCAAAUAUAAUGUCAUUUAUUGUUUAUAGGUGUUUAGUGGCAAUAGUGACAGAUACCACGUGGUCCUGCAUCGCUUUGUAAAACCAUUCAGGGCUCGGUAUGUACGACUGCAUCCGAAAUCCUGGUACGGGUACAUAUCUUUGAGAAUGGAAUUGUACGGCUGUAGACACGGUGAGUGUGGCACCUACAGAGAGUUCAUUCACCUUUUUACACCCUAACAUUAGUAUGCAUAUUCUUCAUACUGUUUUCUAUACAUUCCCUAAAGAGCCGACGAGGAGAAUUUGCUUAACAAUCAAGAGCUUCUUUACCGUUUGAUCGUUUCCUUUACACCCGUUUGAAAGAUUUCCCUCUGGCUUAAUCAUUGCUGUGUUUGACGCCAUUUUCCACUUUAGGUCCUCUGUGUAACCGACCGAUGGGAAUGCAGAGUGGUCGUAUUCACAAUAGCAAAAUCACUGCCUCGUCUAAUUGGGACCCAUUCCAUGCCGCGUUUCGCGCCAGAUUGCAUCAUGGUAAAGCUGGACGCUUCAUUGGAGCAUGGAGUGCGAAAACUAACAAUCGUUAUCAAUUUCUGCAGGUGAAUACUAAAAAAAAAAAAAUUAUUGUCGAUAAAUGAAAAGCUUGUUGGAAGUAUAUGAUUCAUGUUUGAGUCAAGUAAAACGCUAUUUUAUCCAAUGAAUGUUAUACAUACAAACGUAACUAGCCCUGAAGAUUGUACGGUCUUAGCACAGAUCAGGCUCGCUAAAUGCUUCGUGACAGUUGUUCCGACGAACGUGGAAGGACAUUAAAUAUUUUCUUCCUGGCCUUGUACACAAUAUUGUUGCACAAGCUCAGCCAAUCAGUAAGAUGGGGACUAAAUUCCACUCAUCAAAUCGACUCACACCGAAUAAGCCGGUUGGUGGUCAGAGUGACCUAUGUAAGAGGCUCUUAGAUUGAUUGAGUUAUUGCCUAGCAUUGUGGGCGCUAGGCUGGAAACAGCGUCACUUUUAAAAGCGCGUGGUUUUUCAUUUAUUUUUUCCCGCUCACACUGGAACAUGCGCCCUCCGUACUCAAUCGUUUGGCACGCUGCCUAAGAAGUUAUUGAGUUGUUGGAUAAAUGUUUUUUUUAUUUUAAAAUAGGUGGAUUUUUCAAGAGCUGCUCUCAUCGUCAGAGUCGCAACUCAGGGGCGACAGGACUACAGACAGUGGGUCACACAAUAUUAUUUGAGAUACUCAUUAGACGGAAUUCACUUCGUUGACUACAAGCAACGUCACACUAGAAAGGUAGAUAUUUAUUAUCAAAGAUCGAGCAAUUUUCAAUUGAUUGUCGAAAGUAAUCCGCAAUUGCUUUGGUUUUGCUUAAAUUCGUUCUGCGGGUGGUCUGAGAGUUAUUGCACGGGAAAAUUUAAGAGAAGACUUGAAGGAUUUAAAUCCACGAUUCACUCGGUAUAAAGCUACUUACAUGUCUUGUUAAGGUCUGAAGUUUAUAAAGAAAUUCUUUACGCAUUGCAGAAGUCGCUCUGGCGUGUUAGCACCCAUUAAACUGGAUCUUAGCCGAUAACGCGCCUAAAUUGCCUUCGGGACGACGUUCUUUUAGUAUAUCUUUAGGCUGAGCAGUGAUGAUGUCUUGUUCCCAAGUGUCUAAUGUGUUAUGCCCUUUGUUUGUCUUAGUAUUUCCCAGGAAAUCGCGAUCAGAACACGGUUGUAUCACACGCGCUGGUACCUAAUAUAAGAACGAGGAUUAUUCGUAUUGUGCCCUGGCAUUGGUAUGGGCACAUCUCCAUGCGAGCAGAGUUUUAUGGAUGCCUUACAGGUUUGUUAUGAAUAUGAAAGCGAUUUUCGCAGUAAUGAACACUAUUCAAGCAGUAGAGAAAAUCACACAGAGUGUUUAACUGAGUGUGGAAGUCUGGCUACAAGACUGACGCGCUCAGCUACCGAAGCUUAUCCCAGUUUCUGUGGCAUAGAGUGACUUAGCCUGCAGAAUAGGCAGACACGUGCGAGAGGCGUCCGUGAAAGGCGAGUCACACGCGAGACGGAGAACUUUGAUUCUCGUAUACGACUCUUUUCUGCACUCACACCUCCUGCUUGUCUAAGCUCUCUCAUAAACAAUGAAAUGACUCCCGCAAGCCACGUUACCCAUAAGUAUUACGUUUAUUUUCUUUACAGGUCAUUGACACUCAUUAUGUAACUCGGUCGAUCGAGGCUCUGUGGAACGCAAUGGCCUGGUCAGGGGUUGCACUGAUUAAGACAUGUAGUUGAGACCAAAAUUAUUUUGCGUGCGGUUUUAAAUUAAGUCAUAAACGCUACUGUCACUAGAUCUUCUGAAACAAGGCUCACUAUGAAGUUCUGAAGCUUUGCAGAAAAUUUGAGUUUUUGUAAAAGAACAGUCAUUCACAGAUUAUCAAUAUCGAGAGACUCAUUUUAACUGCAUAUUUCUUUCGUUCUCUUAAAGAUCAUUGUAAGAUGCCUCUUGGUGUAGAAGACUAUCGUAUCCCUUCUGGCUCACUUCAAGCAUCAUCCUCCUGGAACUACAACCAUGGUCCAGACCGCGCGCGAAUCAACUUUCCUUCGGGACAUAGUCGGUCAGGGGCCUGGGUUGCGAGAGGCAGAAACACAAAUCAGUGGCUACAGGUGGAACUGGAUCGACCGGCCAAAGUUACAGGCGUGGCUACUCAGGGUCGGCAUGAUGGCCACCAAUGGGUUACCAGUUACAUUGUGUCUUACAGUUUAGAUGGAAAGUCGUUUAAGGCGUAUCUUGAAUUUGGUAGAACCAAGGUUGGUAAUUAUUUCUAUGUAAAAGUCCUUUCUCGACUCUUCAAAAUCUAUCUGGGGAAUAAAAUGAAAUACAUUGCGACAACUGAAUACCAUUCCUACUAUAAAUUGAAAAAAAAUUGAGAAUGUCUGUUGUAAGGUUACAGACGAUUCCGGUAUUCAGAUUUCUCUAGAUUUCGUUGUCAGUUUGUUUUCUAGCUUUUUCAAAGUUUAUCAGAGUUGAAGAAAGAUUAAGAGAGAUUAAGUCAAAAUAGCGGAAUUGUCUGCCAAGUGGUAAAAACAGUGUCUUCCGAUAUUUUUUGGUUGACCUUUAAAGUAAGCAGAUUCACUACAUGACUUAAUGACCUUUAAUUAUUCUUUUGCUGGAAGUUAAUACUGGAAUAAGCAAUUCCUGCUUUUUGAACUCGCCAGCUGAGCGGUAGGCUACCGCUUAAAACUAGAAACAGGAUUUUAAAACAGAUGCGGCAUCUUUCAGUGUAAAUUUUUAUUGGUUCUCAAGUCUUAUAGUAGUGUGAGAAAAAUGUCACUUUCGAGGAUGUUUUUGCAACUUUCCAAGUUGCAAGUUGUACCCCAGUUGCAUAUUUCUUCAAUUUUUUCGUAUAUGAAAUGUUCUAUACACCGAUUCGCAGGUAUUCAGCGGAAACUUCGAUCGCUACACGAUCGUAAUACACGAACUUGCUCCUCCGAUCAGAGCCAAAUUUGUCCGAUUUUAUCCGAAGUCGUUCCGAGGCGGCAUCGCCAUGAGGGUAGAGGUUUUCGGCUGCUAUUAUGGGGGAGGUAAGGAUAUCUUUGUGACAGGUGCAGUUAUAUAAGUAUACGAGGGAACAUAUUUGGUUGGUUCUUGAGUUAAAAGAAUAAUGGCGAAAUUUGCCUAUCAUGAUAAAAUUUUGCCUGUUUUUAGUGUACAAGAGUUUCAAUAAGCUCCUUCUCUCGGCAAGCUUUGUCUAUCUUCCUGUUACAUCUCUGCAUGAGUACUAUGGUCAAGAUUUUGGUCAAAAGCCCAGGGAUUGAUUGACAAGCUAUAAACUAAAGCGUUCGAAGUAACCAUUGCAAAGCAGAGGCUCGAUUUCGAUAGCGAACGUUAAGAAUUUCUUUUUCCUCUUUUGUGAACAUGCCAUCGGAUGAAAAACAUUGUCUUUCACUACAGAAUAUACGUCUUCGUUGAUUUGUUUAUCAGCUCAAUUCAUUUAAUGGUUCAUGUUCCCAUUUUUCAACAGCUCGUUUCUGUACCAAUCCAGUCGGAAUGCAAAAUGGGAAGAUCAAAAAUGGUCAAAUCACCGCCUCCUCAAUGUUCAAUCAGUUCCACGCACCGUGGCUUGCCAGGCUCCACCGCGCCAAACAUGGCCGCUACAUUGGCUCUUGGUCAUCAAGACACAACAACCACAAUCAGUGGCUACAAGUUGACCUGGGAAAGACCAUGAAAGUGACUGGUAUCAAUACUCAGGGACGACAGGACCUCCAUCAGUGGGUGACUGCUUAUUAUGUGUUCUACAGCUUGGAUGGAAUGUACUUUGCUAAAGUGAAGCACUGGUGGAAUCAUGUGAAGGUUGGUGGCUGACGUUGUACAGCUCUGUUUAGUUCUGUUUUAACUAACUGCACUGGGAAAUCUACUUGCGGGUAAAUGUUUGUGUGCGUUUACAUGAAUAAAGACGUUUAGGCGAGUCAAACCCUUGUCGAGAGCCGGGUUGAAUGGUUAAAAUUUUUCUGUUCUUUUUCUUAUGAAAAAAUUGUCAGACGUUGCCUACUGACUCAUGUCGGUUUUAAAAACUGACCAUUUGUUUUUGCCAUUUUCUUCCAAUUCUAGGUUUUUGAUUAUCAUUAGUGCUUUUUGCGAUAAUUCAAUCCGAAAUCGUGUGAGGAGCCUUCAGUGAAGCUUGGUCAAAAUGUUAUCAAGGUUUAUGAUUUGGUCAGCUUUCCAUAUAUAUUCUUGCAUGGGCGAUAGACUUCACUUCUCUUCAAAGUUUAACCCCUAAACUCUAACAUCAGUCUGCAUAUUCUCCACACUUUUCCCCAUACAUUUCCUAAGGUGCUGAAAAGGAGAAUUUUCUUAACAAUCAAGAGCUUCUGUAGUCUUUGAUCAUUAUCUUAAUUCUUAUAACCUUUAUAUGUGAUUCAGGGGUGAUACUGUAAUGAGAAGUUAGAAACAAUGCAAGUCACUCUAAUGGGUCAAAGAGUUAAAUUGGCACAGACAAAAAUUGUCCAAAUAUCUUAAAAGAACUAGAAAGGAUUCAUCAGUGGUAACAGAAUACCUACGCACUCCAUACCGAAGUAGACAAGGGGAAGACCUACCUAAUUAUAAUGACAUAACCUUACCACACCUGUAAAAAAAAUUCAUGGAUUUUUUUAACGUUUCUUUCGCAGCAAUUCUCAGGCAACUACGACAGAUAUUCUCUACGUACGCACGCUUUCAGGCCAGCUAUUUACACCCGCUUCGUUCGUAUCCAACCACGAGGCUGGAAAUCACAUAUUUCCAUGAGGAUGGAGCUGUACGGAUGUCCGUGGAGUAAGUGGGGCUCUCUACACUUUAAAGAACUAUAGGAAGCUAUUUUCGAGAACCCCCCCCCUUAAACCCCUUUCAAUGCAGCACAACUAGAACCAUAGAAGGAAAGCUGAAUGAAAAGUCAAACCUUAACUUAACUUGGGGUCGGUGUAAGUGUUGACACAACUUCGCUCUCUGUGGUGAUUUUUUAACGAUGAUUUCUCCUUCCAAGCGUUUCUAAGCUAAAAAGAAGUAUUAAACUUCUCGAGCAAUUAUGAUCGAAUUGUUUUAUUUUUUUCUUUUGAUUCAGUCAUCCCAUCUACAUCCCAUUUACAUCAGCCUCUACUUAUUUAAUACUUUUUUCUUUGUUUGAUGACCAGAAAGACGCUUGUAACAUUGAUGAUCCUAAUAUUACCCAAGACGCUUGUUGCGUAAACCUAUUCUAUGGAGUUGGCCGAUCAGAACUGGCUGAACUAGAGUUCAAUCUGUCCCAAGCUAGUCACAAAUGUUUAACGUAUUUCUGUAAAUUUUGCUUAUGUUUUCUAGGUCAUUGUGAUAUGCCACUCGGUCUCGAAGACGGCCGUGUGCCAGACCAAGUCAUGACUGCUUCUUCGUACAACAAUAUUUACGAUGCACCAUGGAACGCCCGUCUCAACAGGCGGCGUUACAGUCGUUUUGGCGGAGGAUGGUCACCGCGUAGAAAUGACGGACAUAGGUUUCUGCAGGUUGACUUCCAGGCUUUGGCGAAAGUGACACGUGUCGCUACCCAGGGAAUGCAAAAUGCCAAUUACUGGGUGAAGAAAUAUUAUAUUAAAUACUCAAGAACUAGAACUGGAUUUGCUACAUAUCGCGAAGGUAGAACCACAAAGGUAUGUUUUACUUACUUAUGUGAUGUUAAAGCUUCAUCUCCAGGCUUUGCUCAGACGGUUCGAGGUCGCUCUUUUCAAGGAGAUCACCUUAACACUUCCGACCGAUUGAGUAGAUUCUUCCAUUAGCUCAAUCGUAUCGAUCGUUUCAUUUGUAUUUCCUUUUUUUGUAGAUUUUCCGUGGAAACAAUGAUAGAUACAUCACCGUGGAAAAUAGGUUUGCCCGGGUUCUCCAUGGAAAAUACUUCAGAGUUUACCCUGUUUCUUGGUACUCUUGGAUUGGCUUGAGGGUCGAGUUCUAUGGAUGUGUGUACGGUAAGAUUUCACUUGAGUGGCGAAGUUUCUUGAUCUCUAAAACUUGAAGUGCCGAGGUAACUGCACUCUUACUGAGUUGAAUUUCAAAUCUGACAGCGUUUGACAGAAAGUGAAAGAGACAUCGAUGUGAUCACCGAACUUUGAAUCGUUCUUUUACGAAAUAUCGUACGAAAAGGUAGACUUAACUUAUUGAGACCCCGAGAUCCCAAAUUGUGCGUGAAGUAUCAUUUGAAAGGGCAGACUAAGCUGAUUGGAACACUCAACUCAAUAUCACAAUUCAGAAUCUUUCCACUUUCCGGAUACAAUUACACAAAUUUUCUCUAAUCAAUUUCUGUUUCAUUAAGAAUGGAAUAGAAUAUGUGAAUGCUGUAGAUUUUGAUAUCUUGUCCCAAAUUUAACGAAGUAAGGAAAUUUAUUUCUAACCUGGUUAAUUUGCCCAUAAAAACACAAGUGUUGAGAACUUAAGGUAACAUUUUUUAUAAAAACUCUUAGUAAUACAUUAAUUUUACCCCUCAAUUUACAGGAAAGCGAUGUAACCAACCUUUGGGCAUGCAAAAUGGUCGCAUAAAAGCAGCACAAUUAUCCGCCUCCUCCAGUUGGGACGGAAAUCACGUGCCUAACAACGGCAGGCUUCAUCUCCGCCGCGUUGGCCAUCGAGUGGGGGCCUGGUGUGCCCGACAUAACACUCGGUACCAGUGGUUUCAGAUCGAUUUUUACCGCGCUGUGAGACUGGUAAAAAUCGCUACUCAAGGAAGACAAGAUGCUGCUCAGUGGGUCACUCAGUAUUAUCUCAGCUACAGUCAAGAUGGCGCACACUUCGCGGAGUUUAAACAUAACAGCAACCGGAAAGUAAGUUCAGUUAUUUAAUUUAGAAGCAGUAUUUUUGUACUACUUUAUUGGACCAUGUCGUUCGCCGUGCAAUAAACUUUCGGAAGAAAGUAGAAAAGAGUCGUUCUUGCAAUUAUAAAAGCCUAAAUCAAGGAUAAGUAUCAUAUCUAAAUAAGUCGGCAAUACGUGCAAUUUCUGAACUGUAAACAGAGAUUUGUAAGUCACGUUUGCCACUAAGUUUUAGUGCUAAUAUUAGUAUAUGAUUCAAGCGUGGCGCUAACCUGGAGGUUAGGAAGUUUUUUCAACACUUGAUAUACUACUUUUGCGACGUUGCUUAGUGGGCGAUUUGAUUUCAUACACUUGCCCUGAAAUAGCGCCUAAAGUCAUUCUCAGAAUAACUCUUUACACUUAAGCAUCAGUAUCCAUUUUCUCCCAACUGUUCUCUAUACAUUUCCUAAGGUGCUAACAGGGAGACUUUGUUUAACAAUCAAAAGCUUCUUUAGUUGGAGAUCAUUUCCUGUAUUCUCAUGACCUUAAUGUUUGAUUCGGGAAUGAUGUUGUUAGGAGAAAUCAGAUGUUAGUCACUCUUAGCUCUCAAAGGGUUAAAAUUUAAGCUUUAGAGAAUGAAAAGUAGUUAACGGUUUCGUCUUUCUUAUUUUCCCAGUACCUCAGGGGUAAUAGAGACCAAAACAGUGUGGUACAGCAUCGUUUAUUCCCGCAAAUCAGAGCGCGUUUUCUCCGUGUCCAUCCUUGGGGCUGGUACCGACAUAUCUCUAUGAGAGUGGAGCUGUAUGGGUGUUCUACAGGUUUGAUGUCGUCCUUAUAGAAAUCAAAGCAAAAUUAUGAUUCCUGGGUGUUACAUGGUUCAUCCUGUUCUACCUAAUAUAGUACAAGCAAAGUGCUUUAAGUAGGACGCGCGUUAUUCAGCGCUAAUAUUACCUUCUAUCUGCCCCUGCCUACCCCUCCCCUAACCCAAAAUAACUCUGACUCGUUAUCAGUUGACUGUGGUCGGGUUAGGGAAGGGGUAAGUAUAGAUUUGCUCAGAUACUGACUCCGAUUCUACGAUUCAUUGGAAAUACAUGUUGAAAUAAGACAUUUUUUCCUAAACAUGUAUGCUUGAUCUUUUUUCCUUUUUUUUAAAUUUUGGUAUACUGUAUUGUGGGGAAGAAUCAAGGAAAAUUUAAAAAGGUCCGAAAACAACCUUUAUUUCUAGGAAAUAACCUUAUUAAUGAGCCAAUACCUGAUUUUAAUGAGCUCAAGUAUUUUUUUUUACCUACCCUUGCCCUUUGUCAUCUGUAUAUUCUAUUUGUCGUUUGUAACUUUACGAUUUCGUCCUUUUCAUUGUCUGUUUAUUAUUUUUAUCUUUUGAAUAUAAGGACGUUGCUCUCUUCCUCUUGGUUUGGAAGACAAACGUAUCACUAAUGGCCUUUUAUCGGCGUCUACAUAUUACAAUCAUCAUCUGUCCCCUUGGCAUGGCCGGUUGAACCACCGCUGGUCAUGGAGCGCAAGGACCAACAACCAUAACCAGUGGUUCCAAGUGAGUUUUGUGGGUGUGGUCAGGGCGACAGGGAUUGGUACCCAGGGAAGACAGGAUGCUAAUCAAUGGGUGACAAAGUAUAUUGUGUCCUACAGUCCGGAUUCAACCCACUUCCGCUUUUACUCUGAAGGGAGGGGAACCAAGGUAAGAGUGUGCCUUGUGUGCCACUUUUUUGUUCUUACCAGAUUCUCACUGAAAAGUCGCACGAUAACAUGGAGUCUUUUUGUUAAACGGUUAAACCAGAGUGUAAGGCUUGAUGAGUAAGGCAAUCUUGCUAAUCACCUUAAUUACUGUGAUUACUCAUCAAUCACCUCUUUGAAAUUUUACUAUUCUAAAUCCUGGCAGGUUUUCACCGGAAACAGCAACAGGCACUCGAUUGUGUACCAUGAUUUUGUUAAACAGUUCAAAGCCGUGUAUGUUCGUAUUUAUCCAAGAAGUUGGUACGGCUGGAUGUCUAUGAGGACCGAGAUAUACGGCUGUUAUGGUAUGUUGGAGUUUGCGCUUCGAGGGUGUUUGAGAAACUGAGGGACGAAAAUGUUUCAUUAUUAGUCCGGGACUAACCGAUUGAUUGAUUGGUUUAUUGAAUGACAGACAGACAGACAAGAAGACAGACUAAUAUGUAGAUUGGUGAUUGAUUGAUGGACUGAUUGGUUGACUGGUUGAUGGACUGAUUGACUGAUUGAUUGACAGACAGAUUAAUUGAUUGAUUGAUUGAUUGAUUGAUUGAUUGAUGGAAGAAACUUUGUUCACCAGCGUUAUACCGAUCAAUAAAGUUACAAUCAGUCUAACUUUUCAUUUUUGGCCUAUGAAUGUUUAGAUAAAAUUUUAUCGUUCCUUGUUCGCUUUUCCACAUUUCAGCAGUUGUCGAUUACCUUGAGGUUAUGAUCGAAGUAGUAUUGAUACUUUAGAGUGAUGAAGUAUGUACCGAUCCUAUUUCAAUAUUUUCAAGAGUUUUGUCACUCACCGAUAGUAUUUUAUGAAAAAGUUUUUCCUCUUUAUCAAUAAAAACGUGAAAAUAUAUAAUAUGAGAUUUGAGUCAAUAAAACUCUUGCUAUGAAAUGAAAAGUUUUCUAUCAAGAUGUUGACAUUCUAUAAGUUAAUUGUGGCAAAAUUUCGAUGUUUUGCAGUAUUUUCAUGCAGCAGCCCACUGGUUAGAAAGCUACCGAAUUCCAAGAUCACCGCGUCUUCGGAAUACAACAAAUACCACGCGCCCCGGCUUGUUAGAUUGGGUCAAGUGCGGCAUAGAGGUUACGUGGGAGCCUGGAGCUCAAGACACAACAAUCACAACCAAUGGAUCAAGUUUGACUUCUCUCGACCAAUGAAAAUCACUAAAGUGGACACUCAAGGUCGACAGGACUCUAACCAGUGGGUAACGCGUUAUCUGCUUUCCUCCAGCUUGGAUGGAAUUCACUGGCAGAUUCAUAGGAUUAACAGUCAGGACAAGGUAGGACACCUACGAUUAAAGAGUCAUUUGUGAAGUUAUCGCAUGCAAUUUGAGAAUGCUCACUGUGACCGUCACGCAACAUGGUCUCUCAGGGAAGAAAGUGCGUUGCGCGACAAUGGCAAAUAGAGGCUACUAAGGCGACUAUACCCUACUUUAACAGACGCAAAUACGACUCGUUACCUUCAAAGUAAAGUAGAUAGCCAUAGCUUUAAAAACAACUGACCAACAAACUGAAUUUUUUAAGCUCCAUCACGGGCCUCAGCGCGGAAGACAUAUGUCGCCUGACGAGCUCGAGUUUAAGGCGUUUCCUCGUCGUGCCAUUUUGACAUAACGCAAGUUGCAUGAGCACCUAAAAGAAAUGCCUUUGAACCUUAGCGUCCCCCAAGAAUUUGAUGAUCAGUUUUCUUGAUUGUUGUGAUACUAACGCCUCUUUGCUAACUUUUCGCUAAACGUUAUCUUCAAAUUUGCUCUUAAAGUACUUCCAAGGAAACCGCGAUCGUAACAGCGUAGUCACGCAAGCUAUAAAUCCACCUAUCUUGGCGCGUUACAUUCGUUUACACCCGAAGGGAUGGAGUGGCCACAUUUCUAUGAGAGUCGAGUUCUAUGGAUGUCGCGCAGGUAGGGACCAAUUUCUAUGUAAAUAUAUGAUGCGCAGUAAUUCUUCAAUAAUAAUAGUAGUACUAUGAAUAAUAAAUCAUAGAAUUUUAUUGAGCAGUUAUCAAUAUAAAAUUUUCAAUUUUGCAUUGACGGCCAGGGUCUGUUUUUGUGUCUUUUUAUGAACGUGGUCUGUUUUGUAUUAUUAUUGGGUCUCUGUACUGUGUUCGUAUUUUUGAGGUAAAUGGAGGUUUUUAUUCAUUUAUUUGUCUAUGUACUGUAUUUUGACUAUAUUAUUAACAUUGCAAUGAUUGUUUCAGAUCCGUGCGAUGUUCCGUUGGGAAUAGAAGACGGUCGGGUCACCAAGGGAAUGCUCACGGCAUCCUCCAUGUAUAACCAUUACUACGGUCCCUGGAGUGCCAGGCUUCAGGCCAGGAACUAUGGCUCCCUCCGGGGAGGCUGGAUCGCAAAGUACCGCAACACUCAUCAGUGGCUGCAGAUUGACCUAGGAAUCUUAUCCAGAGUAAAGAGAAUCGCUACUCAGGGUCGGUACGACGCUAACCAGUGGGUGAAGUCUUAUACAGUGUCUUACAGCAAUAACGGAGCGAGGUUUUAUCCUGUCAAACAAGGAAGGAAUGUCAAGGUACUAGAUUUCAAUUUCUGAUUUGAUUCAAAUCUUGCUUAUUCGUACUUUAAAGGACCUGCUUACUUAUGUGCUUCGUUUCUUUCCUUUUCUUUUCAAGGUGUUCCAAGGCAACAUCGAAAGAAAUCAUGUUGUCUUCCAUAAAUUCAGGCCUUCAUUGAAAACGCGUUACGUUCGUAUACAUCCCAAAUCAUGGUACAGCUACAUUUCUAUGAGAGUAGAGUUGUAUGGUUGUAGGCUUGGUAAGUGUGCUCCCUCAAACCCUUAUAACGUUUUCCUUGAUUAGGGAAAACUCAAACUAAAGCUUUCCACUCCGCCGGUCACUUCUGUCAGAAAUGCAUGCAGUGACGAAAAUGGCAGAUUUGACGAAAUUUCACCAAACCGGUGGAUUUCAUGGAUUUGACAAUUUUGGUGAAUUUUAGUCAAAUUCGUCAAAGCGAAAUCAGCGGGGUGGUUUUGAAGAUUUUGACGAAUUUUCGCCAUUUUCGUUACAGCAUGCAUUUCUAGACAUAUCUCCCGCAGGCAGAACAACGUUAGUUUUAAUUACUGCUUUGUCUACAGCACUUAAUUCUAAUGUUAUUCUUUGGAAUUUUCGGUCGCGAGUUUCUCGAUUGGUUACCUUUUAACACUUUUUGAGUAUAAUUAUCUCUGUGUUUAUUUUCAUCCUUCUGAACUUAAUUUUGUUUACUUUGAGUUCGUAAAAUACGUUUCUGCCUUUCUCCUCUCUGCAACCGGUGAACCUAGACGUAGCUGUAAUGACUUUCUCUUAUUGCUCUGCUCGCAGGCCCACUAUGCAACCGACCAAUGGGAUUACAGUCUGGCCGCAUUAAAAAUCACAUGAUGUCAGCCUCAUCUUAUUGGGAUGUGAACCACGCUGCUCACUUUGGUCGGCUUCACCACCGCCGCCGCGGUCGUUUCAUCGGGGCUUGGUCCUCAAAAUACAACAAUCGGUACCAGUUCCUGCAGGUCGACUUUGGCGGAGCGUCUAAAAUAAUUCGAAUUGCGACCCAGGGACGACAUGACGCAAACCAGUGGGUGACGCAAUACUAUGUAUCACACAGUUUAACCCGAAUCCACUUCUCAGAGUAUAAAGAACGAAACUCCCGAAAGGUAAUAAUUUAUUUAAUAAUUAUUAAAAUUAUCAUUGACCAGACAUCAAAUAAAAUAUGUUAUCUUGUUUAUACCAGUAUUAUAUUUUUUUUUUUUUUUCAAUUAAGCUCUCGUUUUUUCUUCACUAACGGGGAAGAGUAUCCCAAUGGAUUUGUUGAACAAAUCGUUAUUAUUAGUAUCAUUAUUUUUCAUUUUAUUAGUAUUAUCAUUCUUACUAUUAUUUUUCUCAUAAGCAACCAAAAUAUUUUAUUUUUGUUUGUUUGUUGUCUCGUUCCAGUAUUUCUCUGGUAAUCACGACCGGAACACAGUAAGGUUACACUCAUUUAUUCCUGCCAUUCGAGGACGGUACAUCCGGGUACAUCCUUGGGGAUGGCACGCUCAUAUCUCUAUGAGACUAGAGUUCUUCGGAUGUCGCAUUGGUAAGAGUAAAUGCCCCUUUAUUCUGCUCACUCGUUCGAAAACUGAGAGGAACGAGGACCUGGUGAAUGCGUUAUAGGCCUGAUGGCAAGACAAACUCGAAAUGUCAUAGAAAAGUGUCGGGUUUUAUAUUAGAGCUUCCAGGACAUGACUUUUUCCUUUAGGACCUCUAUGCGUUUAUUUCAAGAGGACAUUUUAAGUGUAAUUCAGAAAGUAAAUCAUUAGGUCUUGUUCUGUGGCUAAACGUUAAAUUUUUAGGUCGCAAUUCGUCAACUGGGCAUGAACGUAAGACUCUUAAAGAGUCUUGCGUUCUGGAGAGGAACAUUCAGCUACUUACAGUUGCAAAAUUAUGACCUACAAGUUACUAAAAAGCCUUGUUCACAUCUGAAUGACUUAUAAAAUUUCCAUUUUUUGUUGGUAUGCCUUUUAAAACUUGUCACUUGAAUUUUUUUAAGAUCGUUUCACCAUGCCUCUUGGUAUGGAAGAUCGUCGUAUUCUGUCGGGUCAUCUUCGGGCCUCGUCGUCUUACAACUACAACCACGGACCUGACCGAUCGCGUCUAAACAUCGUCAACGGUCGUGGACGAACAGGAGCCUGGGUAGCCAGGCAUCGUAACUACAAUCAGUGGCUACAGAUUGACCUCAGGGAAAUGACUAUUGUGAAAGGAAUCGCUACACAAGGAAGGAGAGAAGCUCAUCAAUGGGUGACAAAGUAUCAGAUAUCCUACAGUCGAUUCGGAGCGCGAUUCAUCUCUUACGUAUCUUUCGGGCGCGUUAAGGUAAGGCGAAGAAAUUGUACUCUCGGGAAACUUGUUAGAGAUGAAUUGCAAGAUUUCUGUUCGUUAUGUUGAGUGCAGGGUUAAAGACCACUUUCUAAGAGGAGGCGUUCCAAAUACUUUUUCCACUCAAUGUAAAUUGGGGCAGUUUCUACGUUUACCUUUUUUUCUACAGUUUUUUACAGCGUAUAGAGAUGAUUUCUCUUUUGAAGAUAAAUUCCAAACUCUAUACCCUGUUAUUUUCAUAUUUAGUCACAAACGGUGUAGUUUGAUUGCCGCGCAAAGUUGUUCGGAGAGAAGUUCAGUGUACCACCCCUGAACAUAAUUUAACAAAUCUCGCAGCGUUCCCCCUUCAUUCAACAUUUGCAAAACCAGGUUUUUAAUUUUCUCGCAAGUAGUGUAACUAUAUAGAAGAAAGCUACUAAUAAAACUGUUUAACUUUAGGGGCCGACUUUGUUGUUAUCAAACAUUUUGUUGGAUUUACUUCAAUUUGUUUAAAGCAAACCCAUCUGCAAUUAAGGAUGUAACAAAAUUUGUCCCUGUUCCCGUUCUAGCAUUUUCGGCUGUAAGUAAAAUUUGUCUUUUACUCUUAAUUUAGAUGUUCCGAGGUAACUACGACAUUUAUCACACAGUGGCCCAGAAGAUACUUCCCGCUAUCAAAGCGCGCUACAUCAGGAUCCAUCCUAAGGGAUGGCGUUCAUACAUCGCCAUGAGGGUCGAACUUUAUGGAGGACGAUUAAGAGGUGAUUACAUGACGAAUAUCAUGGGUCUGAUGUUUAAAUAUUUGGUCCAUCAAGAGUUAAGCAUUCAAUACUUCAUUUACUUUGUAUACAGAAAACUUCUGCGAUGCGCCAGUAGGUCUUCAAUCCGGUCGUAUAAAAAACAGCCAAAUCACAGCUUCCUCUCAGUGGAAUAAGCAUCACGCACCCUGGCUUGCUCGUCUGCACCGAGCCAAAAGGGGGCCUUACAUUGGAUCCUGGUCUUCCCGACAUAACAACCACAAUCAGUGGCUACAAAUCGACUUUAGAAGGGCAAUGAAGAUCACUGGUAUUGCCACUCAAGGUCGACAGGACGCUGUCCAAUGGGUGACCGCGUACUAUAUCUACUAUGGUUACGAUGGUGUGUACUUUUCCCAAGUGAAAUAUUGGUGGAGUUAUGCACCAAGGGUAAGAUAGCUUUUAACUAAAGAUCGUCAGGGGGUAUGACAUGAUGGCAAAUUUAGUUGCAUUCUGGCGUGAAGGAGCACAUCGAUUUGAAAUUCAAGUGAUGAGUUUGGGAACUCAUCGGUAACAAUACAGGACUACCGAUUCCUUUCCAUUCUAAUUUUGUAUCCUUUUGACUGCCUAAGAAAGUUUUACCUGAUUUAAGCAAGUGACAGAAGUCGCCUUAGGUUAUUCUCCAACUUAUUAGGUUACUGAAGUUACUGAUAGUUUAGAUGAGGUAACUUUGUUGUGGGCUUUGCAGUAUUAAUAAAUUUUCGGCUGGCAAGUGCUCAAUAUUUCUUCAUGAAAAAUUUUGCCGACAUCAUGGCGUUUUAGAGUGGAAGAAAGAUGAGUACAGCAAAUAAAGUGAGGAAAGACGACUGGCAAAAAGAAUGUAGAAGGAAGGGGGAGGGGGGAUCAAUAGUGGAUCCGUGAACGAUCGUUUGCUUGUAAGGCAAGCUCGCACUACUUGAUGAAAUGCUCGAGGUGAUUCAUGUAUUUCCAUGCUAAUACAUUAUUGCUUCUGUUGUGUUUGUCCUUUAACAGACUUUCCAAGGCAACCGAGAUCAACUGUCUGUACAAACACACCCUAUAAACCCAGCUAUUUACGGCAGAUACGUGCGAAUCAUACCACGAGGCUGGAGAUCACAUAUUUCAAUGAGGCUAGAGCUUUAUGGAAGUCCUUGGAGUAAGUUUUUCAAAAACGCCAUUUUUGUGUUUGUUAUUUCUGUUGUCUGGAGUAAACCAAUAAUCACAUACAAGCUCCAAGGAGAAGUUGUUGUGAGUUUAAUCCUCUACUCCCUAACAUCAGUGUCCAUCUUCUCCCUACUCUUCUCUAUAAAUUUCCUUUGGUAUUGACAAGGAGAAUUUGUUCCACAAUCAAGCUUCUAAGGUUGGCGAUCAUUUCCUCAAUUCUCUUAAUUAAUGAUUCAGCAGUAUCACUGUAAUGAGAACUUAGAAUCUGGUUACUAAAGGGUUAAAAGAGAAAUUCAAUAUUACACGCAUCGCAAAUCUCUACAUCUACUUUAAUACGUUGAACGACACUAAAUGAUUCUUAGGUUUUCCUGUUUUGUGUUAAAUCCAUUUGAACCUCACCUCUUCACCUUCUUGUGCUCGUUCAACUAUUAGUUAAAUGUUACGUUUGUCAUUUAAAACUUUCCCCUUCCCUUUUUGAUUUUAAUCAUCUAAACCCACGAGUGACACUCGAAAAAAGAGCCAAGUCGACGAAGCCCUACGUGUACUUAAUUUUUUUCUGUUGUAGAUCGUUGUGAUAUGCCACUUGGUAUCGAAGAUAAGCGCGUCCACGACAAAAUGAUGCGCGCUUCUUCGUACGCCAGCCACUACUGUAGACCAGCAAGUGGACGGCUGAACGGCCGCCGAUAUGGUCGAUACGGAGGGGCCUGGUGUGCAAAGAGACGAGACAGGCGCCAGUGGCUUCAGGUGGAUUUUGGUGCAUAUACCAGAGUGUCUCGUAUUGCUACGCAAGGAAGACAGAACUCCGCUCAAUGGGUGAAAUCGUACUCUCUUUCAUACAGCAAGAAUGGAUAUGCGUAUGUACCUUACAGAGUGGGAGGUCGAACAAAGGUUAGUGAAAGAAUAUUCAAAAGAAUGACAUCCACUAUCUACUCAAGACUUAGGUUCCUAGUUCUUCUGUUUUAUGUGUCCACAGCUCUUGCCCAGGAGCCGGUAGUUCAAGGGUGGUGUUAGUGCAAAUGUAGGAUUAAAAUUUAAACUUGGUUUUGACUUCUCUUGUUUAGCAUCGCACAUUACCGCCAACAUUUGGUGAGGUCUCUCGGUGUUUUGAAUAAUUCAGCUCAGAAUAACGCACAGACUCCAGUGGACUGGAAAUACAGUCUUCUUUUGAGCAAGGAAACUUUGUAGCACUCUUUCAAUUUUUUCUCCCGAACUCUUAGUCUAACACACACUUUUCAUUGGGACACUUAGGUUUUUAAACCUGAUAUCAAUGAUCUAUUUUACUUUCAGAUAUUCCUUGGAAACUAUGAUCAACACGUGAUUGUACGCCACAGAUUACGUCACCAUAUCACAGCGCGCUAUUUUAGAUUCCAUCCCAUCACGUGGUACAGCUGGAUCUCAAUGAGAGUUGAACUGUAUGGCUGUGUCGUUGGUGAGUUUUUCUCGCCCUUUAGUUUCUUAUUGCGAUUUUUUUCAGAACGUUUAAAGUGCGUUUCGAUCAAGUGAAAUAAAAUUACGACCAAAGAAAUCACAAUGGCCGACCAAAACAAGGGCUAAAUUUACGAUCUCUAACCGGAGAAGUAAGGUAAAUUUAGGCAUCAACUUGAAUUUCUGAGUGUCCAUGCGGAAUUUGAAGAAGUUCGGCCAGGUUCGAAACAAGUACUCUCAGUCUAAUGUCCAUGGCACCAGCCACUGCCUCCUGGCUUUCUUACUUCACAGUCACGUCAAAAGAGUAACAUCCUUCUUAACAUGGAACAACUCCCACUUUUUAUGGAAGAAUGAAAACCAUAUCGUAUUGAUUGUCGUAUGCGCUCUUUUGUUUAUUCCUUUUAGGAGCACGAUGCAACAGGCCUUUAGGAAUGCAAAAUGGCCGCAUACGUGCAAACCAACUUACUGCUUCUUCCAGCUGGGACAAGAACCACGCACCCAGCUACGGCAGGCUACAUUUCCGCCGCGCUGGUCAUCGAGUGGGGGCCUGGUGCUCGCGGCAUAACAACCGUCUCCAGUGGUUUCAGGUUUACUUUGGUCGCCCCACCCGGGUGGUGAAGUUUGCCACACAAGGACGACAGGAUGCCCGUCAAUGGGUGACUCAGUAUUAUUUGACAUUUAGUCAGGAUGGAGUGCAUUCUGCUGAAUACAAAGAAAACAGUAAUCGAAAGGUACAUCAUAAUUGCUCGUUGAAAUUUUUUAAAAGAUCAUUUUUUCCAAACAGUGGACAUGUGUGGAAACUGAAAUCGAAGCAAAUAGAGAUGUCAGCUUUAAGAACAUUCCUCACUAAGUAUUUCUUCUUUACGUACCUUGGUUGCUUUUCCGCCAGACAUGUGUUCAAGGAAAAGCAAAAUUGAUUAUCUAAAAAAGAGGACAGAGAGAUAGCUAGAUUUUUGGAAACCAGUAAAAUAUGUGCCCCAUUUGAGGAUCGUACCCACGACCUUUAAAUUUCUUCAACUCAUUUUGAGACUGACGCGCUGCUGCCUACUGCGCUAACAAGGCACCUUGGAUAUCGACAAACAUGCAUGAAUAUUUAUUUGGUGUGCUUCUAACUAAAAGACAGGGCAAGGGAUAUAAAAUAAAUGGCAAUAUUUAAUUUUUUUAUUGCAGUACUUCCAAGGAAACAGAGAUCAAAACAGUGUUGUCCAACAUCGCCUCUUUCCUAAUAUUAAAGCGCAAUAUAUUGAGAUCCAUCCAUGGGGUUGGUACGGACAUAUCUCCAUGAGGGUCGAAUUCUAUGGCUGUGCAGAAGGUAGUCGAGAAACCAUUUAACCCUUUCAAUUCCAAAACCUCAAUAUAAGUUCUCCUUAUUGCUUGCCAUACAUUUCAUACUCUCUCUCUUUAUCUUCUGUUUGGUGGUGUAUUGAUAUCGUAAGGAGAAAUUACGUAUUGGUUUUCCUGAAGUGAAAGUGUUGGAUUGUAAAGCCGAGGACGAUCUAUCAUUGAGUGUUUGGCGAGAGAAAAAUUUCUGGUCCUCUCUCUUUCGAAAGAAAAACAAAAACAAGCAAUUAAAUGGAGCAAAAUUUCUUUGUUAACACAAGCGUUCUGCUCAUAUUUUUUAUACUUGCAAGAACCUUCUUUUCGUCUAGUAUCAAGCCUUAUCAAGAGUCAUUAGAAGCUCUUAAAUACAUGGCUUCUCUCUCUCGUCAGGGUACAGAACGAAAGAAUCUAACCCCUCUUCCUCUAACACUUUCAGAUCGCUUUGUUAUGCCACUUGGUUUGGAAGAUAAGCGUAUUACAGAUGGUUCUCUCACCGCAUCCACUUACUACAAUCAUCACCUCUCUCCAUGGCAUGGCCGACUGAACAGCCGCUGGUCAUGGAGCGUGCGCCGCAACCGCAGAGGGGAAUGGUUCCAAGUGAACUUUGUUGAGCUGAUGCGCAUAAAAGGCGUGGCUACCCAGGGAAGGCAGGACGCUUCCCAGUGGGUGAGAAGCUAUACAAUUAUGUACAGCGUGGACGGAAUGAAUUUCUUGUCUUACAAGGAAGGACGUACCACCAAGGUAAAUGUCUAGUGUGAUUUUCAAAAGUAGAUGUAUUUGGUUCACAAGUGAAACCGCAUGACAUUGAAAAGUGCGCAAGUGUUAUUCGUUUUAUGUUUUCGCGCGAUGUCAGUUUCUAACAAAUAUGGAAGUAUUCCGCUUCCAUAAAGAAUCAGCGAAAAACUCAAUUGAAUGAAACUGUUCGUUAUUUCAAUACACUUUGCGUCAACUUUCAAAUAAUGCGAUAAUCUCAAGUUCCCGGCUGAGAAAUGCAACUAUACGAGUAAAUUCUGAUUUUGAGUAUAAACUAGUAUUUUUUUUUGCUACUAACGAGAAUAACAGAAACGUCUUUUUUUUGUUUUACGACGCUUUAAUUGGAAUGCACAGAUGCCCGCUGAGGGACGUGGAUCGCUGGCCUUCCGGUUAAUUAGAGAAUACUCCUCUUGUUUAAUUGGGGAACUCAGCCAGUACAACCCUCCGUCAUUCAUAUGUAAUAGUUUUUCCUCUGUUGUGUUUUUUGGCUGUUUUAAAAGAUUCAUGGUUUUAUCUUAGGUCUUCAGUGGAAACACAAACCGCCAUUCCAUCGUGUAUCACCAGUUCCUCAGGCCCUUCACGGCCAUAAACGUUCGUUUUUAUCCGAAAACCUGGUACGGUUGGAUAUCUAUGAGAGCUGAAGUUUAUGGCGCUUCAGGUAUGCCUUAACUUUCUAAGAAAAAUGUCUAAGCGAUGAAAUUACGACAAAAAGUAAGUAAGAAAUUUAUUGACAAAGAAAUUUAGUACUGUGCAAAUGUAAUGCGAACGAUUAUCGUCGAAUAUUGCGCUUUGCUCUGCCGAGAUAUCGCCGAUAUUUUGAUGAUUUAUCGUACACUUUAACGCCACGUGUGAACCAUAAAUCGACGAGAUAUGGGGGCUUUUCUGCCAUCUUUCGUUUCUUAUUUGUCAUUAACCGAAAAAAAUUGUUGUUCACUGUUUUUAUGUCCGAUUAUACAGCCUCUCCGUGUAACAAACCUCUGGGAUUACAAAACCACCGUCUCCCCAACAGCCGUAUUACAGCAUCAACGGAAUGGAAUCAAUUCCACGCAGCCAGACUUGGGAGACUGGGUCAAGUCAAACGUGGCAAAUAUGUAGGGGCCUGGUGCACACGGUACAAUAAUCAUCUACAAUGGUUCAAGGUGGACUUUGGUCGACCAAUGAAAAUCACUAAAGUAGCCACUCAAGGCCGACAGGAUACCAACCAAUGGGUGACUUCUUUCUAUCUGUCGUCAAGUCAGGAUAACGUGCACUGGGAGGCAUUCAAGUUUAGAAGUGUAUUCAAGGUAAAAACAUAUGAAAAUACCGAUAAAAUCAAUCACUAUAAUCAGGUGUUAGAUUUACAAAUUUUCUGCCCGAACUAUCUAAAUAAACAAUCAUAGCAAAGCUGACAUUUGCAGCUGUACUUGUGAACGCUGUUGUGUAGAAGCUAAAAAUCUCAUUGCCAACCAUUUUAGAUUUAAAUGUGCCCUUUUGUUUGUAUUCUUAGAGAAGAAAUUCAUUGAAUGAUUUUCUGAGUGAGUUCUGCUCUACCUUUCAGUAAAACCUUUCCAGGAAUCUCGCUGCUUAGUGGUUCGUCAAAUUUUGCGAAUGAAAAUAAGGAUAAAGAAGGAAUAAGUUUUUCAGACCCUGAUGCUCAGAGACUGUGAUUCUAAAACGUAUCAGCAGGAUUACGGAACACUGGCUUUCUAGUUUUGAGCCAAUUCCCUCUAACAUUUUUGCGAGGCUCGUGAUUAUUAUUUCGCUCUUUCAGCUUUUUCAAGCCAAUCGUGAUCAAAACAGCAUCGCUAAAAAUGCCAUCAACCCACCAAUCUUAGCCAGAUAUGUCAAGCUUAAUCCACGUGGCUGGUACAGACACAUUUCAAUGAGAAUCGAGUACUAUGGUUGUGUCGCUGGUAAGUUGCUUUCACCUCCACCUUUCACUUUCGACCAGAAUCCAAUAGUACCCUGUUUCCUGUCUCCGUUGGUGAUGUUUAUCGUCGAGUCUUUAUUUAACCCUUUCAAUUCCAUGCCUGACGAAAAGGUAACUUCUUCUUUUCUAAGGCAAUGAAUUGUCUAGAAGACAAGUGACGAAGGAUAACACUUCAUUAACAUCAAAUCUCCAAAGGAAAAAAAUAUAAGGAAUGUAUUUUUCCACUGAAAUCUUGAGAUUUAAGGGACCAACGUUAGACCGAAAGGAUCAUAGAUAGUCAAGCGUGUCGAAACUAACACGCUUUGAAUGGCCAUCUUGAAAAGUUAGGCGAAAUUUUCAACAAGCAAAAGUUGUGAAUCAGACCAUCAGGAAUGUUAAACAAUUUUACUCUCACAAUCCAGAUCGUUGCGAUGUUCCCCUUGGAGUCCGAGACGGUCGCGUCACACGCGCAAUGUUCACCGCUUCAUCCAUGUACAACCACUACUACGGUCCUUGGAGCGCAAGACUGCAGGCUCAGAAUCAUGGUAUAACCAGAGGAGGCUGGGUCGCUAAGUACCGCAACACUCGUCAAUGGCUACAGAUUGACUUAGGAACUACUUCCAGAGUGAAGAGGAUAGCUACCCAAGGCCGGUAUGAUGCCAACCAGUGGGUGAAGUCUUACACUGUAUCGUAUAGCAACAACGGUGUGAGGUUCUAUCCUCACAGACACGGAAGGAGAGUAAAGGUUAGUUAUACAGAAUUGAACGUGUCAUAUCUCACUUUGGCCACUUUUAUUCCACGAAGAAGCGAUAUUUAUUUAACAUGCGAGCAAAUCGUAAAGGAUAUCGAUAAAGGAAGGAAAGCAAGGAACAAAGUGCUAAUGCAAUUUCCAGAUGCAAAAUUUGACAAGAUUCAAAUUAUUUGGAAAUCUCUGUAAUGAAAUGCACUUGGGUAUUCAAUAUAUUUCGAUAAAUUUACGUUGUGUAGUUUAAGGAAAGAGCUUGAAGCUACCCAUACAAGGUAGGAGUAACAUAAAGGCUUCUUUUUUGCCCUUUUACUUCUACUGAUACUGUUGCUCUGACUACUACAAUGUCACAUAGUCGUUAGCUGUAUAUCUUAAUUGAAGAUAUAUAUGAGAAUUGUGUACUCCAUGGAUGUCUCGAGACGCAUUAGAGGCGAACUAGAGAAAAUCAUUACCGUCAGAAUUACAUGAGAAACCGACGCGAGGAGUAGAUGUCUCAUGAUCAGAUACGAUUUUUAAAAGUAUUAUUUAUCAGGCCAAGGCGAUAAAGUCUCUCGCUUCGUUUGUUACUAAUGUUAUGAUAUCUAGCCAAUCGAAAAACAAAUGCUCAUUGCACAUUUAUUUUAUAGAUAUUCCAAGGCAACACCGAGAGAUAUUAUGUGGUGUACCACAGGUUUCGCCCGACCAUCAAGGCCCGCUAUAUACGUAUUCACCCACGGACUUGGUACAGCUGGAUCUCUAUGAGGGUUGAACUUUACGGCUGUCGACUGGGUAUGUGUAGCCCUAGUAUGUGAAGUAUCCGGGGCCAAAUUUUCUCAGAAUACUGACAGGAUAUGCAAUCGAAAGUUCGCCUUGGGUGCCGACUGAAUUAGGAUCUGGAGGUCACAAAUCUUCGACUUUGCAACGAAACAAGCCUUGUUUUGUUGUAGUUCCGAGUUCAUCUCCUCGACUGCGCUUAGUUAAUUUCCAACUGGUUUGCUAAACAUCAGUCAGAAUUUAAAACAAUCCACUUUUUAUUGUUCCUAUCUGCUGAUUUAUUUACAGUGUCCCCAGUUGCGCAGAAGUCUGAAAAACAUUAAUAUCGUAUCAACUGACUUUUAUCGUAUGCUGUCAUCUGGGAAAAUAUCGCAGACCUCUGAGAACUGACAACUUAAUCUGCAUUUAAAACUCGUAAAUUCAAUCAAAAUUUUAUCAAGUUCGCCGAUUUGACAAUAAGUCUUUUUUAAGUGUUGCCAGCACAGCAUUGGCCGUAAAAUUUUAAUGGACUACUAUGUCGUUUUUUCUAAUUAAAUAUGGGCUGAUGUAUGGAUGUGACGAGAAAUUCUUGCAACGAACUUUUUAUUAUCUGUUUGAUGUUUGGUGAGGAAAGUCGAUGUUUUGAUCCCAAAAACGGAUGAGCCUGGCGUCGUAGACAGUUAUACAAUAUUUUUUCUUAAUAGUCUCUUUAUUUUGUCUUCAUUAGGUGUCCUCUGCAACCGUCCAAUGGGUAUGCAGACAGGGCGCAUCAAGAACUACCAAAUCACGGCGGCAUCUAUGUGGGAUACGUUCCAUGGUCCUUAUCUGGCAAGACUCCAUCGGCCGCGUCGGGGACGAUACAUAGGGGCCUGGUCAGCAAAAUACAAUAACCAUUACCAGUGGUUGCAAGUGGACUUUAAAAGAGCAGCGAAGAUCAUUAAGAUAUCUACACAGGGACGGCAGGAUACUUACCAGUGGGUUACACAGUAUUAUGUCACCAGGAGUCUCGACAGAGUUCAUUUUAUGCCAUAUAUGGAAAGGAAUAACAUUAAGGUAAGAGGCAGAGCACGAGUCUAGAACUGAUUGGUGAAAAUCUUUGAAACAGGGUGCUGGUUGUCUGUGUUUCAGCACUAACUAAACUAGGACACGGUUGCGAGUUUGUUGGCCUCAAACUCUCGUAGGUGAUGUGUCCAGUUAAUAAGGCGCCCGUCACUAUAGUCACUUGAUGGGAUAGCUAAAUGUCCUAAGAUUAGUAAGCCUACAAAUUCCAGAUCCUCCAACAGGGAAUCGGUUGAUGCGAUCGAACCUUCGUUAUCUUGCAGGAUAAACAAUGUUACCCUUAACAUGAAGGGAGGAUAUCGUCACGAUAGCAGUUUUAUUGUCCCCCAGCCCCCUUCAUUUUCCUUUAAGAAAAGGCGCAGUUGCACCCAAUACCAAUAUUGUAAACUUUUUUGCCCACAAAGGUCUCAGUGAAACUUCUCGAUAUACAUAUAUCAUGUGUGGGUCGCAUAAUCCCACUCGUCUGAGAGUCUAAGGGCCUGUCUCCCUCCUACCAUGGUUACGGCCAUGUUCUCCUGGCAGCGCUAAUACGACGGUUUGUUAUACGAAAAGCACCCAGCGGCACAAGAACAUCUCACUGAGGCUAUCUACGAGUAUUUCAUGAGUAAAAUUCAGUUAAAAUCUUACUAAUAAUAUAUAUUCUAAUAUAUAUGUUCUUUUAUCUGUUGCAGUACUUCACGGGAAACCGUGACCAAAAUACUGUUGUCACCAACUCCUUUGUUCCUAUUUUGCGAUGUCGUUACAUCCGGGUUCGUCCCAGAGGAUGGUACAAACACAUAUCCAUGAGGGUAGAGUUUUACGGUUGUUUCACAGGUGAGCAUCAUUUAAAUUUAAUUCACUUAAAGUUGGAAAAAUACUGAAACGUUUUGGCGAGAUAUAAAGUUUUUACUUUGUCUCUGUUUUGCUCUUAAGAUCGGUGUGUUAUGCCUUUGGGUAUGGAAGAUCGUCGUAUCCUAUCGGGUCGUCUUCGUGCCUCGUCGUCGUACAACUACAACCACGGACCCGACCGAGCGCGUCUGAACAUCAUUAAUGGUCAUGGACGAACAGGGGCCUGGGUAGCCCGACUUCGAAGUGCCAACCAGUGGCUACAGAUUGACUUGGGCCAGAGUUGUAUCAUAAAAGGAAUCGCUACACAAGGAAGGAGAGAAGCUAAUCAAUACGUGAGAAGUUACACACUCUCGUACAGUCGCUUUGGAAUGAGAUUCAAGGCUUAUGUAUCCUACGGAAGAGUUAAGGUACGAACAAUCGGCCUGUAAUACUUUUCCUUAAGACCUUUCACCCUUAUAUCAGUAUGCAUAUUCUGCAUAAUGUUCUCCAUACACUAUCUACAGGGCUGAUAAGGAGAUUCUGUUUAACAGUCAAGAACUCUUUAUGUUGGUGAUCAUUUUUCCUUAUUCCCGUGACCUUAAUGUUUGAUUCAGAAAUAAUACUGUAAAGAUAAAUUAGAUUUGAGUCACUCUAAGGGUUAAAGGGAUAAGGCAUACUGGGGUACAGAAAGAUCACAGUUUGAUGAAAUGUGUGAAAAUUACUAGAACUGAAGGUGGCAAAUUGGAGAGAAAUCAGAUGCCAAAUGCAACAUGUUUACUGAAUUUCUUAUCGUGCGCGUUUAGUUUGUGGCUUUAGAUACUUAUCUGUGAUCUCUACAGGUAUUCCGAGGUAACUACGACAUUUAUCAUACGGUGGGGCACAAGAUCAUGCCAGCAAUAAAAGCACAGUUUGUCCGAAUUAACCCGAAGUCGUGGUACAGCUAUAUAGCCAUGCGUGUGGAACUUUAUGGAUGUCGCCUGCGCGGUAAGGCUCAAGCAUAUCAGUUAAGAAUGAACAUUCUUUUAACUAAUGUUUCAUAAGAAAUUCAAUUUCAAGACUAUAGAGAGAUAAACACUCUUAGGAUUUUAUUCAUUUUAGAUCAGAGGCUUACAAAAAAUUCAAAAAGAUUUUCAAAAGCCGUUUUACAUUUCUGUGAAACUUUUGUUUGUCACCCUUGAAAAUUAAAGGCUAUUUAACACACAAAUGUACCAGCAAUGUGUCCCCUCAAGGAAAUUGUCUUGUCCAUUUACUCCAGAACGAUUUUACGACAGUCCUCUUGGCCUUCAAAACAAUCGAAUCAAAAAUGCCGCCAUUACAGCCUCGUCUCGGUGGGAUGCGAACCAUUCUCCUUGGUUGGCGCGACUUCAUCGUCCGCGUCGAGGUCGGUUUAUUGGGGCCUGGUCCUCUAGACACAAUAAUCAUAAUCAAUGGCUGCAGGUAGACCUGGGAAGGUCAAUGAAGGUGACGGGAAUUGCUACUCAGGGUCGAUACGACGCUGACCAGUGGGUAACGGCGUACUAUCUGUAUUACAGUGCGGAUGGAGUCAACUUUGCUAAAGUAAAGCAUUGGUGGAAUUAUGUUAAGGUACAACAGUAAUCAUUUUCUAAAUGCUAAUUGCAGUUUUGAUAUACCGUAAACGAAUCAAAAAUUUUGACAAUAUCAGCUGGGGCUAUAUUAUGCGGAUAUUUAACCAAAUUUUUAGGACCAGCCAACCAAGGGUUUGGUUAUCUGUUUAGUAAAGUUAGCUUUUAGAUCCUGCAAGGUUAAAGGUUUGUUAAACAGUCUGAGACAAUAGCGGUUAUCAUUACCGCCUCUUGUUAGGCCAAAACUCAAUCAAGAAAGCUCAAUCAGCUCAUCAUUUAUCGUGUUGUAAGUGACCUCAAUAGCGGUUGAUUCUCUCUUCUCAGCUCUCUCUUAAGGCAUUUGUACGUUUUUCAAUAAUUAUCAAUACUUUCACGAUUUUCUUCGGUUCCAUAGACUUUCCAAGGCAAUCGAGACCGACUGUCUGUCCAAACACAUCCAAUUGAUCCACCACUGUACGGCCGAUAUGUUCGAGUGAUACCACGAGGAUGGAGGUCCCACAUUUCCAUGAGACUGGAAUUAUAUGGAGCACCAUGGAGUAAGUUUUGCAACCUACGUACUUCUUAUUACGAGUUCAAUGUCCGUACUGUAAGUUACGGCCAGAGUUUUUUCGUGCGCUGGCCAUAAAUCCGAGCGGUAAAAAUUGAGGUUCCGUAUCGUGGGCUCCUUUAAUUUGUUUUAUCAAGUGCAUCAGUAGUCAAGAUUUACGGUCAGACCUUUUUUCAAAGGCAACCUAUAAGGCGUAACAGCAAAUAGGGUUCGAUAUGAAAGUAUAUUGACACCAUGUUGUUUCUGCAAGUUACUAGCCAGUCUCGUUUUGACACUGAACAUUCUUGUUAACUGAUAACAACACGUAUUUCUCAUAGAUCGUUGUGACAUGCCACUCGGUAUAGAGGACGGCCGUGUUCCAGAUCCACUCAUGCGCGCCUCAUCGUUCUACAACUACUACUGCAGCCCGUUCAAUGGUAGACUUAACAGACGACGUUAUGGCCGAUACGGAGGGGCCUGGUGCGCCAAAAGACGAGACAGACGUCAGUGGCUGCUGAUAGAUUUUGGUGCGGCUACCAAAGUAUCACGUGUUGCCACUCAGGGAAGACAGAACUCCGCUCAGUGGGUGACGAGUUAUUACAUUUCAUACAGUAAAAAUGGGUAUAAGUACACACCUUAUAGAGAGGGCAGGCGUACUAAGGUAAGAUCAUCUUUGAAUGGUCCACAAUCGAUACUUUUGGAUGUAUUAGUAUGUAUAUUCCUCAAAGUGUUCUCUAAACAUUGUUUAUGAUAAUGACCGAGAGAAAUUUAUGAACAAUCAAGAGAGUCUUCGGUUGGUGAUCAGUUCUUUUACCAUAAUGUUGAAUUCGGCAGUGAAAUUGAAAAGGGAAACUAGGUGCGAGUCACUCUUGUUUCUUGCUCAGUGCACAUCACUGACAAUCAACAUGGUUGAAAAAAUAAUCAAAUCAACGCUGCUCAAAAUAGACAAAAAUGGUUUUAACUGAAGGUUUUUUAUUUGUUUGUCAUGUUUUGUAGCUUCUUUCCAAUCUCCCUACUUGAUUUUAACCAUAAAGUGUUAAAAUGAUGUUGCUCAGAAACCUAAAAAUUAAUUUACUCUUAUGUCUUUCAGAUAUUCCAGGGUAAUUACGAUCGGUACAUUAUCGUUCGUCACAAACUGGCGAGACCCAUAACAGCACGCUUUUUCAGGGUUCAUCCAGUCACGUGGUACGGAUGGAUUUCAAUGAGAGUGGAAUUUUAUGGUUGCGUUGUCGGUAAGUGUACACUUACAUCCGGGCAUCAGUAAUAAUGAGUCAUAGGUAGCAUCAGUUGAUUCAAAACUCCUAAAACUUUUUUAUCUGUUUUAAGGACCAAAAUGCGACAAGCCUUUAGGACUGAAAAAUGGCCGCAUUCGUGCAAACCAACUUACUGCUUCUUCCAGCUGGGACAAGAACCACGCACCCAACAACGGCAGGCUUCAUUUCCGCCGCGUUGGUCAUCGAAUGGGGGCCUGGUGCACGCGACAUAACAACCGUCUUCAGUGGUUUCAGGUUUUCUUUGGUCGCCCCACUCGGGUGGUGAAGAUUGCCACACAAGGACGACAGGAUGCCCGUCAGUGGGUGACUCAGUACUAUUUGUCAUACAGUCAGGAUGGAAUACACUAUGCAGAAUUUAAGAAGAACAGCAAUCGAAAGGUAUGGACUUCUCUCCUUUUAGCAUCUAGUAUGCUUUAAGUGUCUCCACACGAUACAAUUUAAUUGCUUUUCAUGAACCUUUUGCGUCUUGUAAAGGUAAUAUUAUUUUUAAAUUUGUGCGAAAAAGUACGAAAAUUAUUAAGAAUUUCUGUAACUAAUGCAUCCAUUGAAUCAUAAGAUAAAAAUGGGUCAAAGAAAUCUCUCUUUCAAACUUUGUUGAAGUCAAAUCCUGCGAUUAUCAUUUCAAUUAUACACUGUUCUGGCCACUUGUCUUCUCAUUGGCUAAGAACUUGUUUUAAGUUCUGGAUAUCAGGGAACCGUAGCAGUUAUCUACUUGCAGAUAUCUUCUCGGUGUUGAGGUCAAAUCCUGCGAUUAUCAUAUCAACUAUGCACUGUACUAGCUACGGGUCUUUUUAUUGGCUAAGAGCUUGUUCCAAUGACUGGAUAUCAGGGGACCUUAGCAGUUAUCUACUUGUAGAUAUCUCCUUCAUGAUCUGCUGCUUCCACACGGCGCCGAUGGUUUUCUCCUGCUCUAUUCUGAUCAAAAUGCUAAGAUCGGAUGCACCCAAAUGUUUAGAUGAAGUAUCUUUGGGUCGACUUAAGCACAUGUUAUAUGUAAAUUCACAAUGUAGUAUCCAGUGUUUCCUCGUUAUUUGCAGACACUUUACAAUUUCGUCGGUUCCUGUAGUUUGCUCCAGAUGGAGUGAUUAUUUCUUUUUGGGCUAUUUGCCCUUGUUGUGCUGUCUCAUCUCUCUGUUUUCUGAAGCAACAGCAUAAAAUAUUUCGUAAUCCUCGACGAUAGCUCUGAACAAAUGACAAACAAAUGACGGGAUUGAUGACAGUCGAUGCGUAAUGGCAAACAUCUGCCGUAACUCUUAACACUUCAAUCAUGGUGCAGGAAAGUGGCAAAACUCUGCUGAAAUGCAGGCGAACAAGCAUUGCUGGUGAAACGGACAGGAAAUAUGUCACCAUGGUAACAACGGACAAUCGGAUGGCUCUUUUUCUCUUCUCGAAAACGUUUCGUUGAAUUCUCGGGCCGGAAUUCGCCAGCGAUUUACUUUGCUUAUGUAGGGCAGCAGUUAUGGCUGCGUAUAAAAGUGUUGAGAUAAACAACGGGAAAAAAUAAAGGAGAGUCGUUUGAAACCAAAGAUAUAUUGCGAAAUCUUUUUGGUUAAUGGAAACGAACGUCGUGUGUUUACGGCAAGCGUAAUUGCCUUCUUUACGAAGAUCCAAACUUAGUAGGUAUGUAAAACAAAAAGCAGCAGCUAGACUCCAAGUAGAAGCGAUCGCUAUCAUACGUAUCUUUUUAGAAAUAAACCCUAGUCUUACUGGAAACACAACGGCGAAAAAUCUGUCAAUAGCUAUCCACACGAAGCUUUGGGAGGAUACAUGAAAAGAAACUUGGGAGACGAGAAUAAUAAACUUGCAAGUAAUCGAUCCAAAGGUCCCACUAAGGUACCAACGCCACCAUGUCGAAUUGUUCGCCUUUGCAACAAUUUCUACGGGGAGCCAAACUAACGGGAAAACGAGAUCAGACACAGCCAUAUUCACAAUAAAAUAGUUCACUGUUUUGUGUAAAUCCUGGUUUUUGUAAACGAUGGUGAUUAUGAAGAUAUUCCCGAAAAGACUGCCAAGCAUAAGAAACCAAUACGUAAUAAGUUUGAAGUUGUCCUCGAAAGCGGACAGUUCUUGGUAAGAACAGUUCAUUUGCUGAUGGUCAUGUGUAGUCUCAUUAAGACCUUGCAUUGUAUUUCGUGGCAACGAAAUAGAUGUUACUCUGUCAGGUCUCAAGGAAGUGGUAUAACCUUUUUGCCUCGACAGGGCCUUGAAAAACUUUUUGACACUUGUGAAGUAAAUUUGAACGUCGUUCCCUAGUCAUUUAGAACAGACGAGUUUGUCUUACGGUGUGAAAUUCGUUGUGUGCCUCAGUUAAUAACAACAUCUCAACUAAAAUAUUUGUUCAAGCUGAAUGGUACUUUUUCCUUCAAUCUAAUCAUGUUGUUUUGCAUAUUAUAGUGAUUGGAUCUUAAUGGAUAAACAUUCACUUCUGAAUUGUUCCAUCUGAAUAAACAAAGCAUAUUGAGCCUGGACAUUUGAUUUAGAUUACAUUUUCAAUUCACAUUUUUCAAUUCAUUUCCGUUGUAUUUUUCAAUGAAGUCUCCAAAAUAAUUUGUGAGUAGAUUUUCCUUAAUUCACCGACAAUCCACAGUAGCUACUUUUCGAGACACAUGAAGGGCAAAGAGACUGAAAGGUUAUUGAAAUGUAGUGUAAUAAAACAAAAAUGUUGAUAAUACUGAAAGUAAAAUGAUUUUAAAAAGUUGUGUUUGUGCAGACAUUGGAAAACAAUGUUUGGUUCCCUAAAUCUCUGGAUGUGGUCGGCAAAGGGAAAAGGAGAUCAGUUUUGACAGAAAUGCAGUUUCGCUGCUGAAUCAGUCGAUUAUGCUACCGGUAGUUAAUGGUAGGUAUAAUUCGAGCAUUGGACAUUUCAGCCGAUUCAAUUCUUUGUUCAAACUAGUUCAUAAUAAUAAUACGUCGUGGUUGGGAAAGGUGGGGUUUAAUGAUGAUAAUGCCAAAGACAUUUCUCAUGUAGUCUUGCUGCUGUAUUGCUGUAUCCAGCUGCUGUUUCUUUAUGAUCUGCUGCCUUCUCACGCUACGAUCAUUUUCUCUUGAGAUAUUUUUCAUUUCUUGUACGUAAUUCGCUCUAGUUUUGCUUUCUCGUUGGGCCUAUACUGUUCUGUAUACAUUUCCUGUGGUACUGACAAGGAUAAUUUAUCUAACAACUAAGAGCUUCUUUGGUUGGUGAUGUUUGGUUUUCUUCUCGUGAAAUUACUGCAGUACUGCUUUGAGGAGAAAUGAAAUGCAUGGUACGUCUAAGAGUUUAAGAUUUAAUACUUGUAGCCCGCAGUAUCCUAGUAUUUCCUCGCUUGUAGCAGUAAAUUCCGUUCUUCGCCAAUAGUGAGUCGUGAUUGCCCGAUAAUGUUAGAAAAUGUAUUUUUGUUCCAUGUCCCUUGCUUUUGGUAAAUGAUAGCACCUUUAUUUCAUUCGAUCACAGAGCUAAAAACUGUGAUCGCUCUCACUAUGUUUUACAAUAUCAUUAAAGUUGUCUAUUUUAGCUAUAUUCGGUACAAUGCGCUAAGAUCAGAAACACUGAAAUUGCGUUAGAAUUUUAGACUAAGGUAUGCUCGGAUCGACUGAAGCGCACAAUGUCUGUAAAUUUACAAAGAAGUAUCCAGUAUUUCGUCGUUAUUCGCAGACACUUUACAAUUUCGUCGAUUCCUGCAGUUUGCUGUAGAUGGAGACUUCAUUUCUGUUGGAGUUUUUUGCUCUCGUUUGCCUGUCUCGUCUCUCCUUGUCCUGAAGCAAUAACAUAAAAUAUUUCGUAAUCCUUUACGAUAGCUGUGAACAAAUGACAAACAAAUGACAAACAAAUGACGGGAUUGAUAACAGUCGAUGCAUAUUGACAAAGAUCGCCCAUAAAACUCACUACUUUCAUUACGUUGCAGGGAAAUCGAAAAACCUUUCUGUGUUGCAAAUAAGAAAGCAUGGGUAUGGUAACAGUUAGGUAAUACGUCACCAUGGUAACUGCUGAUAAUUGAAUUGCCCUUUUUCUCUUCUUGAAUAUGUUUCGUUGAAUAUUUGGGCCGGAAUUAGCCAGCGCUUUGCUUUGCUUAUGUAACGAAACAGCUAUGGCUGUGUACAAAACUACUGAUAAAAAAAAAGAACCGAAAGUAUUAAGAAACAAUUGCAUAUAAUAAAAUAUUGCGAAGUAUGUUUCUUCUGUGAUGGCGGAAACCAAUUUUACUUCACAAAAAGUCUUAUUGUCUCUUAUGUGAAGAUCCUGGCUAACAAGACGAUUAGAAUUAAUAGCGGCUGCCAGAAUCCAAGUAGAAGCAAUAGCUAUGACUCGUAUCUUUCUUGAAACAAGCCCAAGUCUCACUGGAAAUAGAAUGGCGACAAAUCUGUCAAUCGCUAUCCAGACGAAGCUUUGGGAAGAAACGGCAGGAGAAACUUGGGCAACGAAAUGUAUAGACUUGCAAGUAAUCGAUCCAAAGAUCCCAUCAACGUGCCAACGCGUUAAAGUCGAACCAGUCGCCAUUGAAAAAAUUUCAAGGGGAAGCAAAGCCAACGGAAAAACGAGAUCAGACACAGCCAUGUUCACGAUGAAGUAGUUCACCGUUUUUUGUAGAUCACGGUGUUUGUAAACGAUAAUGAUUAUGGAGAUAUUUCCGAAAAGGCUGCCAAGCAAAAGAAAGCAGUACAUACAAAGUUUGAAGUUGUCCACUGCAGCAGGCAGCUCUUGGUAAGAACAGUUCGUUUGCUGAUGGUCAUGUUCAGUCUCAUUAAGACCUUGCAAAGGCAUUGUAUUUCUUGGCAACGAGGUGGAUAUUACUCUGUCAGGUCUCAAGGAAGCAGUGUAUUCUUCUUUUGACAGAACCUUUAAACACCUUUUGACACUUGUGAAGUAAACUUGAACUUUUUGUGAGUCUUACGGUGUGAAAUAUGUGCCUCUGUCAAUAAGAACAGAAUUCACUUCCAGGAGAGUUGCUUAAUUAAAGAAAGCUUCAUAGUGCUUUCCUCUCCAAUUUAAUCAUGUUGUUUUGCAUUUUGUAAUUAUUGGGUCUUAAUGGAAAAACACUCGCUACUGAAUUGUUCCAUCUGAAUAAACAAAGCAUAUCAAUCUUGGACUUUUGAUUAAGAUGUACGUUUGAUUAGGAUUAACUUCCAUUUAAAUUUUCCCUUUUUUAAAUAUUACAUUUUUUUUUUAAUUACAACAGAAUCCCGCUGACUCAAAACCGGUUUACUCGAGUCCCCCGCUAACUCGAAUAAGAUCCGAGCCUUUACUCCGAGUUUGAUCUCAUUUUUACAGUCAUUUACAAGCAGCUAACUUGAACAAGGGUAACUCUAUCUUGAGUAACUCUACCUCGAGCUCUCCAUUAACUUGAACUAAUUUUAAUUUCCUUUGGCUCAAAUUUUUUCUUAUAAUUCGAACGUCAAAGUGUCAGAACAAAGCUCAUUUACAUACUUAUUACUUACUCUCGCGCGAUUGAGGAGAACGUGAUAACAUAUAUGAAAGCCUAAUACGUUUAGCUUAAAACUUUCCAAUCUAAACGUUCUUAUAAAAAAAGCUCUUAUAAGACAAACUAAAUGCACGAAAAUGACUGCGGCACAAGAAUGGUAAAAACAUGAGUCCUUACUUGUUAUUAACGGAUAAUUAAAAUUCAACACCAGCCCCGACUUCAUUACAAUCUUUUUCUAUUGUAUUGUUCAACGCGUUGUAAUUAGACCCCCUCGAUUUACAAACAUCGAACAGCAGCUGUUUCCACGACCCGUUAAGGGCCAACCGACUGACAGGUUAUUAAGCUUAAGAUUAAGUGUAUGAAAACGAAAAGAUGAUAACACUUAAUGGAAAAUGCUGACUUUGAACAAUUAUGUUAGGUUCUUUAAAUCCUUGAGUCUGGUCAAGGGAGAAAUAGUUCAGUUUCGAAUAAAAAUGCAGUUAUGCUUCUGAAUCAGUCGAUUAAGCCACAGCUUGUUAAUGGUACUUGUAAUUCAGGCAUUUAACUCAAAAUCGACCUAGAUCGAAUCAUCCCUGACACAUGUCAGUGUCAAAAUCGGUAAAACGAAAGAAAAUCAGAGAUUUGGAGCAUGUAGGCUUAUUCGCUUUAAAACAGGCAAAAAAACAAGUGUUCUUUCUUUCUGUUUUCAUCUAUUUUGUGCGGAUAAUGUUGAAAACUGAAGUCAAAUAAUGUUGUCAAAGUUACAGAAAUUUCUGUAUUAAACAAGUUGGAGCAAUUGUAUAGUUUGUUAUUCACCAGAAGGUAUCAUAGUGAUAUUAAUCGUAAACCAUUUUUUCAGUAUUUUACAGGGAACAGGGAUCAGAACAGUAUUGUCCAUCACGGCCUCUACCCUAAUAUCAAAGCUUACAUAAUCAGAGUUCACCCAUGGGGAUGGUACAGACAUAUCUCCAUGAGAGUGGAAUUCUAUGGAUGCACAGAAGGUGAAAAUACAACACUAUUUUUGGUGAUCUAUACUAUACUUAGAGGCUUUUUUUUACAACCUAAGUUUCAGGUACAUUUUUUUAGGAGUGAAUGCAAAAAUCGGUAUUUCAUUUUCAGAUUUUAGGCACUUUUCAUAUUAACAUGGUAUGCCUAAAUUCUCUCCACCCUAAAAAUAUUUGACGACAGGAACGCAAGAAACAACGGUGAUAUCUUUAUGCUGUAAAUGGUUUUCACAUUUGAUUGUGUAGUUUAAUCGUCCGAGUGAGACUAGUCUUGAGUAGGACUGUUGUUGGUAGUAGUGACUGACGUUUCGACAAUCAGAGCGGAAGUUAUCAACACUAAGCUCAAGUGAAGAGUUAUAAGUCAGUCGAGUGUCAUAAGUCUGGUUUGUAAAAACUGAUCGUUCAGUUUAUGAAAUAACAGGAUGAAAAAAAGCUAACUAAUGUUCUUCUGGAAACUUUUCAGAUCGUUGUGCUAUGCCACUUGGUUUAGAAGACAAACGCGUGCCAAAUGGUCAUCUCACAGCUUCCACUUACUACAAUCAUCAUUUGUCUCCUUGGCACGGCAGACUAAACAGCCGCUGGUCAUGGAGUGUGCGAACGAGACGAGCAGGGGAAUGGUUUCAAGUGAAUUUUGUAGAGCUGAUGCGCAUAAAAGGCGUGGCCACCCAGGGAAGACAGGAUGCCGCUCAGUGGGUGAGAGCAUAUUCAGUCCGUUACAGCCCAGAUGGAAUGAAUUUUAUACCCUACAAGGAAAACCGUGGUGUCAAGGUAGGUGACGUAACCCUGUACACUCCAACAUCAGUAUGUAUAAUCUCUAUACCAUUUUCUUUACGUUUCCCAUAGAACAGUAAGGAGAUUUUGUUGUAAAAUCAUCAGGUUCGUUACUAAGCUAUCAUUUUUUUAUUUUUUCUUGUGACUUGUGAAUGUUUAAUUCAAGGGUAAUACUCCAAUUAGGAAAUUAAUGCUAGUAACUCUUAUGGUUCCAAUGGUUAAUUAAGUUAUAAAGCAUGUUAGGAUUUGGUUAUUGAUGUUGUUCAAUCCUAAAAGCUGCAAGCGCGUAAGCUGCGAGCAUUAAAUUUACCAGUAAAAAUGUUCACAUUAAUUUUGCAUUCUGGGCAUCCUUACGCAACUGCGUCACUGUCUUCUUUCCAUUUUUGGACAUCUUUUUGCAGAUCUUCACUGCCAACACGGAUCGGCACUCAAUUGUCUAUCAUCAAUUCAUGAGACCCUUCUCAGCCAUUUAUGUCCGCAUCUAUCCUAAGAGUUGGCACAGCUGGAUUUCCAUGAGAGCCGAGUUUUAUGGCUGUUCAGGUACACUUAGAUUAGAAAACAUACGAAACAAAUGUUGUGUUUACUGUUUGGUCAUCGGGAAGAAUGCGACGAUAUUAUAAAUCAUUCAAAACUGAUUGGGCAGCAAAUUUGAAGAAGCCGUCGCUUAAAAUAAGAGACGAAUGAGCUAAAAAUUGGCUUAAUGGGCUACGUAAAACUCGCUUUUCUGAGUUUCAGAAGGAUAAGGUUCAACUUUUGCGCACGGGUUUUGGAAGAAUAACAGUGUACCUUUCAUUUGCACACACACAAAAAAUAAUAUGGGAGAUUUGCAACGAAGAAGGACUAACCUUGUACACAUGAAAAUGCACAAACUCGGUCAGUCUUGUUUGUUUACUUGUUUUUUGCUUUUGAAAGGAGGAAUUUAAUGGGAUGAUAUAUUGGUGUAUGGAAAAUGUCAAUAUGGCUUUUUGCUUAAUUUCCGAAAAGAAACUGUAUGGCUUAUUUUCUAUUAAACAUUUUUGGUCUGUCACAGAACACCUUGCUUGACACCCCAACGAGACUUCAGUAAUCAUCACGAAGUUUAUCAAGGACAAAUCAGGAAUGCAUUUAAACUUUAUUUAUCUUCUUUUAUCAGCAUCUUUGUGCAACCGUGCCUUGGGAAUGCAAAAUGGUCGUAUUCGAAACAACCAAAUCACUUCAUCUUCAGAGGUUAACCGUUUCCAUACUGCCUGGCUUGGUAGACUAGGGCGAGUGAAGACUGGCCGUUAUAUUGGGGCCUGGUGCCCAAAACACAGGAAUCAUCUUCAGUGGUUGAAAGUGGACUUUGGUCGACUGAUGAAAAUAACCAAAAUUACCACACAAGGAAGACAGGAUGCUGGUCACUGGGUGACGUCAUACUAUGUGUCAUCUAGCAUAGACAACGUUCGUUGGGCAAUGUAUCGCUUCAGAAGCUCUAACAAGGUGAGGUCACAUCUUUUUUAAAGGACAAGUAUAUAGUUUUCAUCUCUGCUAUGACAGUUAGCGCGUUUAUAGUAACUUUACUAGCCUAAUUGUGUUUUGACUGGCUGCGCCCAUUGCGGGUUUAACGUUAUUAGUUUUGAGCAUUUCUACGUCAUUUCUGCGAUCAAUGAGAGUUUACAAGGAAAAGUUUUGAUAGGUUCUGCUUUCGAUAAUAGCUGUAGACCAAUGGGUUAGCGAGAGUUCCUGUUCUUAUUUAUAGAUAUUGUAUGCCUGAUUUUAAUGAUCUUAUCUCAAAUAGCUGUUCCAAGCCAAUCGUGACCAAAACACUAUCGUGAUGAAUGCAAUCAAUCCUUCCAUAAGAUGUCGAUUUUUACGUCUAAAUCCUCGUGGAUGGCACGGUUGGCCAUGUUUGAGGGCAGAAUUUUAUGGAUGCCCAGUUGGUUAGUAAUAAAUGUGAUUUAAAAUUUUUGUAUACAUUUUACUGCGAGGUGAAAACUCGCCUGGAGCAUGAAAGAGACAAUAUCCUAAAUCUUUGUUUUGGAAGGAAGAAAAGUACCAAAAUUGAAUGAAAAAAGCAAAAAUGAACAAGGGCGAUGAGGAUGGGAGAAACUGAAACUAUUGUAAAUAACGACCUCGAAGAUUAUGACGUAUACACUUUCCUUUGGUUAAGUUUGUCAAGGCACAGUGUUUUAGUUUUGUUUACAACUUGGAUUUUAGUUGGUUUUUAACUUUCAUUUGUCAGUAUCCAGUUACCAAAAAUGAUAAUAUGUCUUAAUAAUGUCUUAAUUUUCCCUCAGAUCGCUGUGAUGUUCCUCUUGGUAUCCAGGACGGUCGCAUCACACGCGCUAUGUUCACAGCCUCCUCCAUGUACAACCACUACUACGGUCCUUGGAGCGCAAGACUGCAGGCUCAGAAUCAUGGCUCCUUCCGAGGAGGCUGGGUCGCUAAGUACCGUAACACUCACCAGUGGCUGCAGAUUGACUUAGGAACAGUGUCCAUUGUGAAACGCAUCGCGACUCAGGCUCGAUAUGAUGCAAACCAGUGGGUUACAUCAUACACUGUAUCCUAUAGUAACAAUGGAGUCAGAUUUUUCCCAUACAAGCAGGCAAGAAGAACAAGGGUAAGUGGUUUUAUUCUAUUGAACAAAUUCAUAUUUCCUUCCAGCUAUAUACAUCCUGUUUUGUACGUUUUAACUGAAAGCGGAAGCGUAUCAUUUUAAUUUUCAAAUUUUCCUGGGUUCCCCAUAAGGAAUAGUUCCCUCGAACCUAGUCAGUUUUCAAAACGAUCGAUGAAAAUUCAACCUUUUCUUCAAUGUGACUGUACUACAACCGAACUAUUUGUGUUUACAGCUCUUCCAAGGAAACACUGAACGAUACUUUGUUGUGGUGCACAAGCUCCGCCCGGCCAUAAGGGCCCGUUAUAUCCGAAUUCAGCCAAGGUCCUGGUAUGGAUACAUUGCCAUGAGGGUGGAGUUGUACGGAUGCCGUCUGGGUAUGUAACACAGUGAUACCGAUCUUGUUUUACAAAGAAAACGGAGCAGAAAUGAAUAAUCAGUUUGCGACUUCAGAAACAAUUAUCAUUGGAUGUGGAUAUUGUUAGUAAAAGAGCAGUUAGUACUGUGGGUCAGUGGGUGGGAAUGUGUCUAGACACCGGGAACCUCAGAAUGUUCCGCGGGUCCCGACACAACGGGACAUCAUUGUAGUUUAUUAAACGUUGUGGCUGUCAUAUUUAGUGGCAGGAAAUGUGGUUUGCGUGGUUUUUUAGUUUCUGUCGCCUUAUAAAAUUACUUAUUAUUUCUUUUGCUCAUGUACUCUUUAAGUCUUUGUAAUUUAGCCUUUGUUUACCAGUUGCACUGUUUUGUAUGGUAUAAUAUUUUAUGUUCUUGCAUGGUGACAAACUCUGAUUCAACGCUUUUCUAAGUAACCUCUUUCUUUUUGAAACACAGGUCACUUGUGCAAUCGGCCAAUGGGAUUACAGAACAACAGAUUGAAAAAUCAUCUCAUGACGUCAUCAUCUCGAUGGGACAACUUCCAUGGUCCUUAUCGAGCGCGGCUUAAUAUCCGUCGCCAUGGCAGAUGGAUCGGAGCCUGGUCUGCACAGUACAACAACCGUUAUCAGUGGAUUCAAUGUGACUUCACGGGACCUGCAAAAAUUAUAAGGAUUUCCACCCAAGGGCGACAGGACAUUAAUCAGUGGGUCACGCAGUAUUACGUGACACGUAGCUUGGAUGCGGUGAAUUUUAGGCCUUAUCAAGAGAGAAAUUCAAUAAAGGUAAGUAAAAGAAGGAAUAUCAAAGUAGUUGAAAAUUUCACAGUAUGUUGCUCUUGUUAGCCUUGAUUGAGCAUCAUACUGUAAGAGUGACAAAUAUACGUGGCUUCUGUUGCUCUACAGAUUUCAGGCCGAAUCAGAGGUCUUGGGUCUGUUUUCUUCUCCUUUGGGGAAGGGAGAAGAAAAUUGUCGGAGCAGUUUAAACGCUGUUAGCUCUCAAUAAGGACGAGAUAAAGAGAUAAUUUCAACUCAAAUUUGACGCAAGGUUCGGUAAUUGAGCUCCCCCUGACACAAAAGUGAUAGACGAGCACUCUUAAUAUGGUGCCACUCAUCCUCCCCUAGGUACUUUCCGUUUCCUUGUUGUUACGUUGUUGCGUCGCUCGUCAGUGCUUCCGAUCGAACGGACGCUCGGUAAUACAUUCGCACGAACGGAAGCUUGGUAGUACUUUCGAACGAACGGAAGAUCGGUAAUACUUCCGAACGAGCGGAAGCUCGGAAAUACUUUUGAACGCACGGAAACUCGAAAAUAUAUUCGAACGAACGGAAGCUGGGUAAUACUUCCGAACAAACGGAAGCUCGGAAAUAUUUCCGAACGAACGGAAGCUCCGAAAUACUUCCGAACGAACCCCAAAAUGCGCAUGUUCUAACUGUCGUUUCAUUACUUUUCUCUGUCCAGUAUUUUACAGGUAACCGUGAUCAGAAUACUAUUGUUAGUCACGCCUUCAUCCCUGCGCUUAGAUGUCGCUAUGUUCGAGUUCACCCUUGGGGAUGGUACAGGCAUAUCUCCAUGAGACUUGAGUUCUAUGGAUGUCUAACAGGUAAAAUGAAUAAAAAGGUUCUCUUAUUUCCACUGGAAAAACAUGGCAAUUUUUUAAAACGUAAUCAUCUAAACUAACUUUUGUUUUUACCUUCAUAGACAAAUGUACCAUGCCUCUUGGUAUGGAGGACCAUCGCAUCUUGUCGGGUCAUCUUCGGGCCUCGUCGUCGUACAACUAUAACCACGGACCUGACCGAGCACGACUAAAUAUCUAUAACGGACAUGGACGAACAGGAGCUUGGGUAGCAAAGUACCGGAAGGCUAAUCAGUGGCUGCAGAUCGACUUAAGAAUAAUGAGUAUCAUUAAAGGAAUCGCUACACAAGGAAGAAGAGAAGCCCAUCAAUGGGUUAAGAGUUAUACACUCUCCUACAGUGCAAAAGGUCUACGCUUUAGACCAUAUGUCGCGUAUGGCAAGGUUAAGGUGAGAUGGUGUUUCAAAGUGUAUGAUAAUUUCUCCACAUUUCAACUUUUCUUAGCUUUCUUUGAUAUUGAAAUAUCAAAUUCUUGUUACAUGGACUGGUCUAACGUCUUAAUCAAUGAUACCUAUUCUGACUAUCAUUGUGGAUGCUUCUGCGUCAAAAACUCCUCAUCAUGAACACAAUUAUAUUUCAAUGUACCUUUUGACUUCUGGCUUACUCUCUUCUCCAGGCUAUGCUUGUAUCAGUGAAACUAAUCUUUACUAUCCGCCAUUAGUUUAUUAAUACAUCUUUUAAAGAUGUGACAAGAUUUUUGGACGACACCUAACCGUAUAGAUUUUCGUAGACAUCAGGUGCAAUAAAUUUUUCAUGAAUAUUUCUUGCUAAGGUAAUUAAUUUGGAAGAUCUUUGCAGAUUGAUGUAGGUAUCUGAUUCUUAUCUUUACAAUCUCAACCUCACCGUAGCGUCUUAAAACCAUUCUCUUUUUCAUAUUUGUAUUUUUAUUUUAAAACUUCUUUGUUUGAACAGUUAUUCCGCGGCAACUAUGAUAUCUACCACACACUUUCAUACAAGAUAAUCCCAGCGAUCAAAGCCAGGUUUGUUCGUAUUCAUCCUAGAAGUUGGCGCAGUUACAUCGCAAUGCGUGUAGAGUUGUAUGGAUGCAGAUACAAGGGUACGUUUAAAGAGAAUAAGAUUACACCAGGCAGAUUUUGCCCUCAAUGCCAGGUUUAAAUUCCUGUAUUAUAAACUCUUUAUUAUACAAUGUCAUGCUUGAGAACAAAAGGAAACUAACGCAGAGUAACACAUCGGAAAAACUCAAAACUUCAAUUUAUUUUACUUAGUUUUCGUUUUAUUUCAUUUGCAUUCCUCAGAACGUUUCUGUGACCGAAUCCAAGGACUCCAAAGAGGUACAAUAAAGAAUGCAGCUUUCACUGCCUCAUCCCAAUGGGACAAAUACCAUGCCCCAUUCCGUGCCCGGUUGCACAUCCCCAAACAAGGACGGUACAUUGGGGCAUGGUCCUCCCGCCAUAACAACCACAAUCAAUGGUUGAAGAUUGACUUGGGCAGACCAACCAAGGUGACUGGUAUGGCAACACAGGGACGCCAAGAUGCAGACCAGUGGGUGACAGCAUAUUAUGUUUACUACAGUUUGGAUGGAGUACGCUUUUCUCGAGUCACCUACUGGUGGGAUGUUAUAAAGGUUAGUGGUUGAACUGUAGACUUUCAAGUUCAGUUACCUGUUUGAACACUGGAAUAAAAGUGGUUCGUCUGGUCAGUUCGUCUGGGUUUAGUCCUUAAAAGGAAUGUUGUUGGUUACGUCAGAAUCGCAUGAUCAAAAAGUUAUUUAACGAACGUCACUCUGUCACUGUCACAGAAGGGAGUCGUCAGUUUACGAUCAGUGUCAAUGAUCGACCAUCGGAAAUGUUUGUAUUCUGCUCAUAUAAACGCGACCCAUUGUCAUGAAAAGCAAAACUAAUUGACCUCAAUUGAACCAUAAUCGGUUCGUAAGUUGAAGCUUUAUAUUUGGACUAAUGGCUAACCUGAAAACACGAAUUAAGAUUGGAUUAUUUACAAAACGAUUUUACUCUUUUGUCUUUUUUUUUUUAGUGUUAGCAUAGAAAGCUUAAGGUUGCGAUGGAAGUAUUUUUUGCGUAGAGUAAUACAUCACUGUGAAAUAUUUUUCUUAAUUGUGUUUUAGACUUUUCGAGGAAAUUAUGAUCGAAAUGGUGUCCAAACGCGCUCGUUCAACCCUCCUCUCUAUGCAAGAUUUAUUAAAAUCAAUCCUCGUGGCUGGCGAUCACACAUCUCGAUGAGGGUGGAAGUGUAUGGUGGGGCAUGGAGUAAGUCAAGAACAUUAUAAGCUUGUACAAUUUGUGAGAAGUGUAACGUUACACUGACUAUGUGACCACAUGAGAGCAACUUGUCACAUAGAAAUGCUAUUUAUCGGCUUUGUACAAACUACUUUCAAUGUUCAAAAUUUGAAGAAAAAAGUUGGUUAAUCUCUGUUGAGCGUUGAAUUUCCUCUUCGAAGAGAUAAUUAUUUAAGUGUUGAAUUUGGAGACAUAUGGCCUGGAGUUGCUCUGGAUUCAACUCAUUGCCUUACUAUCUCGCAGCGCUGUGCAAGUUGGAACUCUGAACGAUUUAAACUAAGCCAUUAUGAAGAUGAAAGAUAAAUUGUAAAUUCAAUUUAAGAGAACAAUAUUGAAACUAGAAGAAGGUUUCCCUUCAAUAACGGUGAAGGAUAAGAAGAUUAUGGGGGCAGUUUUUUAGCCAAAGGUAAACUCCUUAUUACAUGAAACUUUAUUUAGAAUAUUAUCACAUUUUUGCUUUGAUUUCUUGAAGGUAAGUGCGAUGUUCCCCUUGGAAUGGAAGACCACCGUGUCCCUGAUCAACUCAUUACUGCCUCCUCCUACUACAACUACUGGGGUUCACCGAGAAUGGCCAGGCUGCAUCAGAGACGCGUUGGCAAGUUUGGAGGCUCCUGGUAUGCCAAACGGAGCGACAAACGCCAAUGGCUGAAGAUAGACAUGGGUGGACUGACACGGGUGUCACGUUGUGCCACUCAAGGUCGUCAGAAUGCUGACCAAUGGGUAACAAGUUAUUACGUGUCCUACAGUGUGAAGGGAUACCGGUUUGUGACGUAUAAAGAGUACAGACGUACAAAGGUC